CUUGUCAAAGCCAUGUGAGUCUGUGAAGAGAUAUUGGCAGGUAGUGGGAUUUCAUGGAGAAUAGAAUAAAAAAAAAAAAAAAGAGUUAACAUUGUAACCAGAUUUGAUGGUUAUUAUUAUUUUGUAUGUUUCAUGUGUUGGAGCAGUCAUGCCCUUUAAUAUCAUAAUGUGCAUGUGAUUCUUUUUUUUUAAUUUGUAGCUAUUUUUUGUUUUGCAUGUUUUUUAUUUAUUUAUUUAUUUUUUAUAUUUUUUUUUGUUCUGCAUGUAAUUUUUAUAGAAGUGACUGAAAGGACGAGGCCAGUGACUGCCAAACCAUGCAGUCAAUUCAGUCAUUUUGCAGGACUUUGCACAGCCAGGUCUUUUUAAGAAAAUCGUUGAUGUGUCAGAGUACCGUUCUUUUUCUGGGCUACAAAAAUCCAGCUGCAGGUUAUAAGUCUGCCCAGAGCAUAAACACAUCUUCAAGGGCAAAUUCUUAUGUCGAUAAGGAUCGUCCAUUGCCAAAAUAUUCAAAGGUUUCCAAAAACAAGGGUAAGGGCAAAGGCCCAAUGAUGAAUUCCUUCACAGUGUUUUCUGCAGGUGCAUCAAAGAAAAGAGCGGACAUGCAGUAUAAACCAGAGACAUUGGAUGACCAGGAAUCGACUCCUAGAAGUGCGAAAUUCUCAAUCCCAUCUAGCCCAUUGCCAAUCAAGGAAUGGAGUAGCUUGAAAUCGGAAUUUAUUGGAGUAAAAGGAUUUGAGGAAUAUAUGAUGGCAAAAUGUAUUUCAAACAAUAGUGACAUUGAUAUUGCCAAAUCACUCUUGAAUUUUGCAGCGAAAGAAGAACACGGCAUCAGUUACGAGCUACUUCUGAAAUAUUUAGCUCUAUGUGUGAAAAAAAAUGAAAUUUCAGAGGUUUGUGAUGUUUAUGAUAUAAUGAGAAUCAAAUUCAAGUCUUUUGAAACUGGAGCCUGCAGCUUGUUUAUUAAGGCAUUUAGCCAAACUGAUCGCUGGAGAGAAUCGGUUAGUAUGUUGGAAACUAUUAGGAAAACGGUUUGUCCUUCCUCCGGAAACUACAGAGAUUGUAUUAAAGGAGCUGCUUCACAUGGAGAGGAAAUGUUAGCAUUGACCCUCUAUCGUGAAAUGCUACAAAGUGAACUGAUUCCCUCUGAUGAUACCAUCCAGGCUCUGUUUGAUGCUGGUAGGAUCAUCCAAAAUAAGACCUAUGACAAUGAACUAAUCAGCAUAUUGAAUUAUUUUAGAGACAACCAGAUCUAUCCGGGGGAACCUCUUAUGGAAAGUAUCAAGUCAUGGUUUGAAAGGUAAUUUUAUUUUCUGUUACUGCAGUUUGUGACACCUGUUUGAAAACAUAGAUUUAGCGAAUGGUGUUUAAUAUUUUAAUUCUCACUCUUCAAUGGGCCUCCUCACCAAAGUCUGUAAUUGUGAAUAGAUGGAGAAAAGGGUGUAAAAUGGUCAGACUAGGUUACAGCUCACCCUAUAAUCAAAAAGUUUGCACAUCAGAAACUUUUUACACCCAAAGCCAUGAUAAAACCUAUGUACAUCUAGUGUACUGUUACACGCAAUCAUUUUUAAGUCACCGUUAAGCAGUUGGACUUUGGUAUACACAUGCUUUAAACUAAUUAAUUUAUCACGGAGAUAUACAUUUGAUCCUAUCAUCAAAGAGGUUUUGUAUUUCCAUAAAUAAUCUUCAUGGAAAUAUUGCUUAGUAUGUUUACCAUGGUGGGUGAAAAAUAAUAAACCUUAUAAUUUAGCGUGCAAACUACAAUUUCCUCAUAAGGCUUCAUUCAUGUCAUGUACCUUGUAGCCAGAUAGCGGUUGCAUACACUUUCUGGAAUAAAGAUCAAUCAUCCAAUAUAAUCAGUGUAAAAUCUUCUUAAAUCCACAAUGACGCAAUACAUAGAAGGAAAUAAAAAAAAACCUAUUAAACAAAGUGGCAAAAGAGGGCAUUGUGAAGAUCUGUAAGUGCUGUUGAGAAAGUGUCAAAGCAGCUCAAAAUGCAUCAGUCCAUAAAAUCCCACCUUUCUGCCAUUUUUUUUUUGAUGGGGUUGCUUUUAGAUUUUCUUUUGCUGUUAUGCUUUGCACCAUUGCGGAAUAAAAAAUACUUAACACUGAUUAUGGCUUUUCAAAUGAUUUACCUACAGGAGUCUAAUGUAAAAGAGUAAUGGUAUAAGGCACUCCAAGGUAUCCCAAGUGUUGGUGCUUGUGCUGCAGGGCCAGGUUCCUGUUCCGCGGAACCCCCUAAUAUAGCAUCAAUCAAAACCAAUUCUCAACACUGGUGGUUUAGUGUGUCAUCAUACAUGAAAAAGGCAAUGUUUCGACACUUGAUGUGUCUUUCUCAAGCUUAAGUAAUUAAGUAAAACUUCAUUUUUAUAUUUUAUUUUUUUUUGCUCGGGGUGGGGGACCUAUUUAGAGCUAAAGAGAGGGAAACUAUAGCAUAUUUGUAUUCCUAAUGGUAUGGUGUUCCUUUAAAGUUUAUGGGAAUCUUUGUAGGUAAAUCAUUUGGAAAGUUGUUUUUUUUUCUCUAACAGUAUCGAAUAAUUUCGAAAAUCUAAUAAAUAGAGGCCUGUGUUAGAUGAUUUUUAUUCCAGUAAGUGUUUGUAUGUAUUAUUUUUUGUAGGUUGUGAAUGAAAUCUGAAUUUGUAUUAGAGUGAUUCAUUUCUAGGUUUAGUCCCUCCCACCUCUCUUACUUGUCUGUUUUCAGCUGAAAAGAGUCAAUCUGAAACAUUUGCACUCUUUAUUUUCCAGUUUACCCAAUGAAAGUUGGAGAGGGAGUCUUGGCAGCAUUUCCCGUAGGUAAGUACCCAUUCACUGCAAUAUAUAUUGAAACUUUGUUCCACCAUUUUCGUAUCCCUUAGUAAAUGCCACAGAAUGCACAUUCAUGGCACUCACCAUACUUUCAAAUGACUGGUUUAGGUUUAAUUGUUCCAAACUUUUUGAUCUUUCUUUUAAAGGAAUACUAUAUGGUCAGGAUCACAAACAUGUAUUCCCCUAUGGUUUUUAAAAUCACCAUCUAGCCACCCUGGCCCCCCUCCAUGCCCCUUUAAAUAUAGUAAAAUCUUACUUUUAUUCAAGUCUGCAGCUGCUGGCUCUGCCCCUGAUCUGCCUGCUUGGCUGACAACAUCAGAGGUGUUGAACAAAAGCCAAUCACAAUGCUUUCCCAUAGGAUUGGAAGAGACUGUCAAGGAGACGGAUCAGGGGCAGGGUCAGCACAAGCCAAACACAGCCCUGGCCAAUCAGCAUCUCCUCAUUGAAGGGAAUUAGAGCGCUGGAAGCGAUCAUGAUCGCUUCUAACAGCUCUAACGGUUUGGCCGGGACCCCAGUGAUCACUCCCCCAGAGCUAUCACUUCCGGGUUUCCCCACGUGGAAAAUAUAUAUAUAUACACACACACUUUUAUUUCCUAUAUAUGUAUAAUGUGUUAUGAUUAAAGCAUUUUAUAAUAUAUUCUACAUAUAUAAUGCAUCUAUAUGAUUUCAUUAUAAGUGUAUUUUCAGAUAUGUGUAUAUAUCUCAAAGUACACUUGUAAUUAAAUUAUAUAUGUAUAAUAUAAAAUGCCUUAAUUAUUUUAUAAUAUAUUAUACAUAUAUAGGAAAUAAGUGUGUGUAUUUUAUUUAUAUAUAUAUAUAUAUAUAUAUAUAUAUACAUACGUAACGUGUGUGUGUGUGUGUGUGUGUGUGUGUGUGUGUGUGUGUAUAUAUAUAUAUAUAUAUAUAUACACACACAAACCGAUGUGUUCAUUAUCUCACUGUACAUGCCAGAUCAUAAGUACCUCCUCCAUAUGACUUCUCCCCUCCUUUCUUCAAAAUUUCAAGCAUCCACUUUUCUUACACUUCACAUGCCUGUAGGUACCCAAAAUAAUCAGAAUUACACGUUUUACACAUAUUCGUCUCACCGUAAUACCAGUGAUCACCUACAAAUUUACAUUACAAAGCUGAAAAAUAUAUACAAUGGUGUAGAUACAAGGAUGGAGGAUGGACUGAGUGGAGGACUUGGGCAUCACAAGGUGUGUGUCUGUCUGUCGCCAUUGGCUAUCUGUCACCAGCAUGCUGUGCACACUGAUGACAGAUGACUGCUAUGCACAGAAUUGGCAUUAGCCAUCCUGGAACUCUUGUUGUGAACUUGCUAGUGAUGCCCUAAUGACACUGCAAAUGUGGGGUAACGUCUCCAGCAACAAAGAGCAUUUUCUCUGCAUAUGCAGAAUUUCAUAGUGAAACGCUGCAUGUACAGACUCCAAGCUACAUGCCCACUUCAAACCAGUGAAGUUGUUGUUGUGCUUGGAGCAACCAUUUAAGUGUGUUUGGAUUGUAGAAUUACAACUAUACAAUGCAUUUAGCGCAAAAAACUAUUAAACGUUCUGUAAAUGUUCAAUAGAUUUUAAGAUCCGAUGAAUGGUGUUUUUGUAGCUAUGGAAUAAUUUGCUAUAUAGGGCUUAUUCACUAAAUGGUAAAUAUAUAAAACAUUUUCCCCAUUUAUUUUUAGUUUAUGUUUAUUUUUUGAAUACUUAGUUGGCUAAAGUAAAGUGCAUUUUUUUAAUUUCCUUUAGUGGUCAUUGCCAGGUUUGCCAAGAACAAAUGGAGUCCAUUUAUAUGAAGCCUGAAGAGUAUGGUGCAUUGAAGGACAUUUUUCUUAAUAGCGUUAUCAAAGGAACAGAUACCUUCCGGAAGACCACACCACAGGUAACUAAUUCAUCAAUCUGGCUGCACUAUAAUUAUGGAGAUAGGAACUCCAUCACUGAAAUUCCUUGACUGCUCACUUACAAUAACAGAGCAAUCUGUGAUCAAUACCACACUGUAUCGUAAACCUACUUCAACUAACACCAUGCUGCGAUGGGACAGUUAUCAUCCAACCUCCCUUAAAGGGACUCUCCAGUGCCAGGAAAACAAAUCCGUUUUCCUGGCACUGCAGGACCCUGCAGUGCCCCCUCCAAACCCCCAGUCCAUGUUGCUGAAGGGGUUAAAACCUUUUCAGUGACCUACCUGAAUCCAGCGUCGAUGUCCCUCGGCGCUGGGUCAGGUUCCGCCCACGCUCCUCCCAUGCCGACGUUUGCCGGCGGGGUAGAUCUAAUGCGCAUGCAAAGCAAUGGCCGGGCGCAUUAGACAUCCUCAUAGGAAAGCAUUAUUUAAUGCUUUACUAUGGGGAAUCCGGCGACACUUUUUUCGUGUUUUAAGAACACGGAAGUCCCUCUAGUGCUGUCUGAUAGACAGCCACUAGAGGAGGACGUAACCCUUCAAGGUAAUUAUUGCAUUUUAUAAAAACUGCACUAAUUACACUUGCAGGGUUAAGUGUGAUGGGAGUUGGCACCCAGACGACUCCAAUGGGCAGAAGUGGUCUGGGUGCCUGGAGUGUCCCUUUAAGAGCGGCAUUCCAGUAAGGCAAUACCGUAGGCUCAGAAGAAAUUUCUCCUCUUCUGAAGACUUUGAACUAAAGGCAAAACAGCUUAAGCAAAAAUUAAAAGAAAGGGGGUAUCCUAACAGAUACCUGAAGAGAGCAUCUGUAUGCGAACAUGAAAUAUUGCUAAGCGACACGGCGAAGUUAAAUACUAACCUAUACAGAUUAGGUGUAUAGUCCAUUUUGACUCCGGUUGGGAUGUUGCCAAAAAAAUUCUGGGAAUAUUCUGGUCACUCCUAACUCAAGACCCGCAUCUGUCACAAGUAGUGAUGUCCCGAACGGUUCGCCACGGACGGCAAACAUAUGCGCUGUUCGGUCCGCCCCUUAUUCAUCAUCAUUGAGUAAACUUUGACCCUGUACCUCACAGUCAGCAGACACAUUCCAGCCAAUCAGCAGCAGACCCUCCCUCCCAGACCCUCCCACCUCCUGGACAGCAUCCAUUUUACAUUCAUUGUGAAGCUGCAUUCUUAGUGAGCUGUCCAGGAGGUGGGAGGGUCUGGGAGGGAGGGUCUGCUGCUGAUUGGCUGGAAUGUGUCUGCUGACUGUGAGGUACAGGGUCAAAGUUUACUCAAUGAUGACGAAUAGGGGGCGGACCGAACAGCGUAUCUUUUGACAUGUGAGUGUGGCCUUAAUUAUGUGGGCAAAACCAUACGUCCAUUCAAAAGAAGUGUUAUGGAACAUAUCCACUCAGUGACAACGUUUAUGGACACCCCUGUCGCUAGACAUGUCAGACUACAUCAUAAAGUCUCCCACAGAGGGAUGAAAUUCGCAGGAAUUGGAAAAAGUCCAUUUGGGCAAAAGGGGGGCGGGAGGGAUCUGGAUUUAGCCCUCAAAAAAAGAGACUGUUUCUGGAUCUACAAGUUUGAUUCCCUGGCAUCAAAUGGGCUAAAUAAGGGAUUUACACUUACACCUUUCAUUGGCACAUAGGAACAAUAUGGUCAAAUACUAAAUUAACAUGAGAUAUCAAUAUAUUGUUAAUAUUAUAAUUUACAUUCUGUUUAUUGGGGAUAUUUAAUAUUAACAGUUUCAUAUGUCUAAUAUUGUAUAGAGUUGCUGUUCACUAAUCUUUUCAGUGAUUAGAAUAAUCACAACUUUGACCACAAUGGGUUAAAUAUUGACAUCUAUCCUAUAAACUUCAGCUGGGGACCUAAUUAGACGUGAAUUAGGACGCACACCCCCACCUCCCAUUGGUCAUGGGGAUACCAACCCCUUUUGCUUUCUCAUUUAAAAAGCAGCACAGGACGAUGAACUGUUCAGUGCCUCAGCCGAAGGUGCUGCAGUAGCGCUGAAACGCGCAUCAGGCUCAUGCUCAACUUUUUCAUUAACUGCACGUUUUUUUCAUCACUAUGGAUAGUUUAUGAGGGUUUUUGAAUAAUACCUAUGAGGGGAAACUCUCUUUAAUGGGGUGUAGUUAAGGAAUAUUUUCUAGCCAGCAUGUAGGGCUAAGCUUUUCCUUAUCAGGGUUUUUUUCCUUUAUUUUUCAUUUAGUAGCUUUCAGCCUUCAUUUUAGUAAUUUUUUCAGACCGCAACCUUAAAGUCGAUUUAUUUUUAGUAAGUUUAUAUGAAGGCUUAGCUGCUCUUCUCACCUACAGUGACUAUUUCCGUAGGAUUCCUUUCAGGUGGGGGGUUAUUGAUUUUAAAUCAUUGUCGUUAGACCUCAAACGUUUCAUACUGUUCAGUAACUUACAUUCAGUUGGUUAACCCUUUGUGAGUAAAAUAUAUCCUAGGGAUUCCUCUUAGGUGGGGGGUUACUGAUUUCAAUAUAUUGUCGUUUUGUAUCAUAGGUCCUCUAGUCACUUUGAUUUCACCUUGAAUUAUCACUUUAGUAGAUAUCUCUGUACAUCUCUGAGCCAUGUAUCUAAUUAUGCCUUGGCUUACUUAACUAUAAUAUGGCUUUAGAUGUAACACAACAGUGUGAAGUUAUUUAGCUAAUCAUACAUGUAUGCUUCUUCGAGUUUAUAUACAGGAAGGUAAAUUGUGUAUUAUGAGAAAAUGUCAUCAAGGGUCAUUAUUCAGUCUUGUGGAUUAUUAUAAUGUCUUUACAUUACAUUAUACAUUAUAGCCUUGUUUUAACAAGCUUUCCAAAUGAUUCACUACUGUUGACAUUUUUAUCCAAAUUAUUUAUCUAUAGAACUCCCCAUUAAAAGAACACUCCGGACACCAUAACAACUUAAUGGAAAUUAAUUUGUUAUGGUUCGAGUAGGUCCCUGGCUCUUCCUUACCUUUUAGUGCUUAAACUGUUCACGAUUGGCUCUGAAUUCAUCAGCAGCUACUCAUAUAUAAAGAAGUUGCAUGUCUUUUUUAUGAAUGGGGAUCUACUGAUUGACUUAGUGCAUCAGUUCAUUUCAAUUAAGUUAUGGUGCCCAUUGUGUUCCUUUAAAGUCUAUGGGAAUUAUUGUAGAUUAAUCAUUUGGAUUGUUUUUCUAACAGUAUUAGAAAGCUUAAUGAAUUGACGCCUGUAGACUUGGAUUAGGGUUAAGGUUAGGGUUGAUGUUCGAGAACGACAAGAAUUAACAUUGCAGCAGCUGCUGCUCGGAUGCUUAACUCCUACUACUCUUGUGUGUGUUUGUCUGUAUCCGUCUGUAAGCCUUACAGGCUUCCACAUGUCAUUAACCUGCUGUGAUAAGCGUUACUUAGAAAUACCUUGCUUUUUCCUUUACCUAGAGAUAAAAAGUUCCCUUUUAUGUUUAAAUAAAUAUUUCCUUACAGUUAACCUUUACCAUGAAAUGCCACACUUUUAUCUUGUUAUGAUUGUAUGUAAAAGAUCACAUUCAGGGCCGGUGCAAGGAUUUUUGCCGCCCUAGGCAAAAGUAAAGUUUGCCGCCCCUCCCCCCCCCCAUGUGACAUCACAAUGCCCCACCCAUAUGAUCUGCCAUGUUAACUAACGCCAGUGCUGCAGUGCCGCCGUGUUUACAUUAAAAGGCCUGCAGGGACAGGCUAUGGACACCAGAACCACUACAUUAAGCUGAAGUGGUUCUGGGGACUAGAGAUUAGUGCCACGAAUAAUAUACUAGAUUGCCUACUUACAACCAGAUGAGGAUGAUGAUGGGCUCUAGCUGCAGUCUGGCUCCACUGGUCUGGUGUAGAACAGGCUCCCUGGAGGCUGUUUGUAACUGUGGUCACAAAAAUCAAUGUUCUGGGAGAAUGGGAAGCAGCUCCAUUUUUUAAGGCCCUUUAUUUUUUUUUUGAAUCUGUGUUUGUAUGUGUAAGGGCUGCAAGGUGUGUUUCUGUGUAUGUACGGGAUGCAUUGAGUGUGUGCAUCUGUAAGGGGUGCAUUGAGUGUGUGUAAGGAAUGCAUUGUGUGUUUCUGUGUGUGUAAGGGAUGCACUGUGUGUAAGGGUUGCAUUGCUUGUGUGUGUGUGUGUGUCUGUGUGUGUAAUGCAUUGUGAGUUUUUCUGUGUGCAAGGGGUGCAUUGUGUGUGUGUGUGUGAUGGAUGUCAAUCUCUUCUCCCCCCUCUCCCUCCCUUGUCCCCCUCUUCUCCACCCCUUGUCCCUCUCUUCUCCCCCCCCUCCCUUGUCACUCUCUUCUCACCUGCUUGUCCCUCUCUUCUCCCCCCUCCCUUGUCACUCUUCUCCCCCCUCCCUUGUCACUCUCUUCUCCCCUCCCCACUAUCAUUCCCCCAUCAAUUACCCUCCCUGUCAAUUUCUUCCCCCCCUCCCUGUCAAUUUCCCCCCUCCCCUGUCAAUUCACCCCCUCCCUGUCAAUUCACCCCCUGUCAAUUUUCCCCUCCUGUCAAUUUUCCCCUCCCUGUCAAUUUUCCCUCCCUGUCAAUUUCCCUCCUGUCAAUUUUCCCCCUCCUGUCAAUUUUCCUCCUGUCAAUUCUUAUGUCAAUUUGUUCACCCCCGUCAAUUCACCCCCCUGUCAAUUUCCCCCUGUCAAUUUCCCCCCUGUCCAAUUUCCCCCACUCCCUGUCAAUUUCCAUCAAUUUCCCCCUGUCAAUUUCCCCCCCCCUCACAAUCAAUUUCACACCCUCCCUGUCAAUUUCCACCCCCUCCUGUCAAUUUCACACCCCUCCCUGUCAAUUUCACACCCCCCCUCCCCUGUCAAUUUCACCCCCCUCCCUGUCAGUUGCCUCUGUCAUUUUACCCCCCCACCUGUCCAUUUUCCCCCUCCCCUGUCCAUUCCCCAUGUCAAUUUCUCCCUACCUCUCUGUAGCGUGGCCGAGCCCUCUAUGGUAUGGUCCGCGGGUACAGGGAGCUUUUGUUUCCUGUACCUGGCCGGACUAACAGGAAGUAGACACUGAGUGUGCACUUCCUGUUAGUCCGGCCGGGUACAGGAGACAAAAGCUCCCUGUACCCGCGGACCAUACCAUAGAGGGCUCGGCCACACUACAGGGAGGGAGUGACAGGAGGGAGCGCUGAGCGCUUCCCUCCUGUCAGCCCCUCUCCUCAGGCUGCGCCCUCAUGGACGCACCGCCCGGGCAAAGCUGCAGCCGCCUGAGGCUCUCUACAGAGCGCUCGGGCGGCUGCAGCAUGAGGGGGGCCGGCGCUCCUACCUCCUUACAGGUAGCGCCGGCCCUGAUCACAUUCCAUCUUCCUCAUUCUUCAAAUCUACCUUAAAGGACUUAUGUUGAAUAUCCUUGUACUCUGGUUUACCAGUUGCAUAUUUGUUUAAAUAUUAUUAUUAUUAUUACACCACAAGUUACACACCUAAACAUGUGUUUAUAUAUUUCACAAUAAGUUUUUCUUUCUUUUUUUUUUUUGUUGUUGCUCGGAACAUGCUGUUCCGGGCACCGGGCAGGAAGAUUUUUUUUUUAUUAUUCUUUUAGCUCUUUAGCCUUGGGUGGAGUUGGUGCCAGGCAGGGAGUGCCUCUACCGCACUAGUCCACCCGGAAACAUGUACCAGGAUGCCGUAACCCUGUUGCAGCUUACAGGGAAGUAUGAAGAGCGGCAUCAGCCAACUACUUCUUGUGAUUCUCGGGUCCCAAGGCAGCCCGGAUUCAGCGUGACGUCAUAUCCCGGCAGCCCUACGUGCUGAAAAGUACAGAGACAGCUUGGGACAGGAUGCGCCUCAUAAUCUAUGCUGUGUGUGUGUCAGAGAAUAUGUCGUGUGUGUCAAUGUGUUAGUGUAUGUGUGUUUUUAGUGUAUCACAACCACAGCCAGCACAUACAGCCACUGUGCACACACAUCAUACAGACAGCACAUACAAUCAUAAUAUACAGCCAGCACAUACACACAUCGUAUAUAGCCAGAAAAUACAUACAUAACAUACAGCCAUCAUGCACACAUACCACAUACAGACAGUGCCUACAUUCAUAACAUACAGCCAGCACGCACACACAUCGUAUGUAGCCAGAACAUACAUACAUAACAUACAGCCAUCAUGCACGCACAUCACAUCACAUACAGACAGCACAUACAUUCAUAACAUACAGCCACCAAACACGCAUGCACACACAUCACAUACAGCUAGCACAUACAUUCAUAACAUACAGCCACCAUGCACAUACAUAACUUACAGCCAGCUGUGAUAAAGUGAAGGCAGAUAGGCCUUUUAACCCCAGGGGGAGUAUGUGUAGUUUGUGUUUUGCACAACACAACGCAUUGUUUAGUUAUGGGCCCCUGGGGUGGAGCAUUUGGAGAGAAGGGUGGGCCAAUGCUCCACUCCACAGUUUAGUGGUUUUCUUGGGAGACAUAGAUCCAGGCCAGGGUUUUUUGGACUGUCUCCAACCCACUGCACAGCUGCAGUUAAUGAGCUGUUGCAGUGGGAAUAAACUCCUCCCUGCUAGACAGGUAGAGAGGGAUUGCUGGCUUCCUCCCAGGAAGCAGGUAGGAGAGAGGCUGAUCUCUCCAGAUAGAGUCAAAGAGACUAGGCACUGGGAGUGCAGAAAGGAAGCAGUCAAGGCUUGCUUGGAGGCACUGGGAGUGCGGAAAGGAAAGCAGUCAGGGCAAGGCUGGCUUGGAGCACUGGGAGUGCAGAAAGGAAAGCAGUCAGGGCAAGGCUGGCUUGGAGCACUGGGAGUGCAGAAAGGAAAGCAACAGGUUAGAUAGCAGAGUGUUGCUAUCUAAAAGGUUGGUGCAAUAUUGUUUAGUGUAACCCUGAGAGAUAGGGAAACUUAUGUCAGUUAGUGCUCAGACGAGCUAGGUUUUUGUUUAUAGGGUUUUCUGUUACAUAUGGUGGAGAAUGCGGGCAGCCACGUAAGCCUGAGGGUAGAAGUCAUUUAAAGCUCAACAUGGAGGAUGUCAUCAAGGCUCUGAUCCAAUCCACCUCUGUGCAACAGGAGACUAACAGGAGAGCUGCAGAAAACAGUGCAGCCCUGCAGCAACUGGUGCUGGCCCAGGCAGAGUGUGCUAAAGUCCUGGCCAAAACACAAAUGGAGUGCACUGAGUCCUUGGUGAAACAGCUUGUUGUGACACAAGCGGAGAUGUUUAAAGUAGCCCGUGAGGAGCAGCAAAAAGUCACCCAGGGACUACAACAGGAAAUCCAAGCUAUCUCUGAAAAACUGAAUGGAGACCCUGAUGGAAGAUACCAGGGGCCAAAGGUGAUUCGGGCGAGCCACUAUCUUCAGAAAAUGACCGCAUCAGAUGAUGUUGAGGCGUACCUUCUGGCAUUUGAGCGCACUGCUGAGAGGGAGAAAAAGACAGCUAGGAGAGAUUGUGUUUAUGGCAAAGACAUUGCUUUUGUUUGGAAAAUUGGUAAGUGGGAAAGCCACCCAAUUGCAGAUAGCAAUUAUUGUCUAGUAAGAGCUCAAGUAAGAGCAAGGGAUUUUGUUUGUUUUUGUUAUUAUUUAAAGUACCUGCUUUCUUACUGAAUAAAAAGGAAAACUGAGCUGAAGGUGUCCUGGACUUUGUAUACCCUAGAAGGCUGUGGUUACUGCAAGAUCGGUGACAAUCCUACCUGUAAAAGAGGUGGUUUGUUACACAGCAUACACCACAGAUCACAUACAGCCAGCACACACCACAGAUCACAUACAGCCAGCACAUACAUUCAUAACAUACAGCAACACAAUAUGUGCUGGCACUCAAUUACGUAAGGUGCAGGUAUUCGAGGUUUAACCCCACAACAACCUCCUAAUCUCAAUCAUAAACAAAUAUGAAUACCGCACUCAAAAGAUUGCAAUGAAACCUAAUCCUGCAUUCAAUAUCAAAAUAUUUAUUGUAAUGAUUUUAGAUAAAUUCAUAAAGUUAAUAGUAUUUUAUCAUAGUGACACUCAUUUCAUCCUAUAUACAUAAACUAUUUACAUAUAUAUAUAUACACGCAGAAUCCUCCCUCAUCCGUGUUGAAGUUCAUGAUCUAUGUAUCUAUUUACAGUAGGUAAUGAUCCAAAAAAUAGAAAAAAUGCAAUGAAAAAAAUAAUAAAAAAUGGAAAAAUGGAAUGAAAAAAAAUAAAAAGAAAAGAAAAAAUGAUAAUACAGUCCUGAUGACUAACAGUCCAAAAUAUAGUGCACUAUAUAAUUCAUUGUAUAUGGGUGGAUCUCACCAAUGUAGAAGUUGCUUUAGGGUAUACACAGUAGGAGGAUGCUGAAGUCUGUAGAUGGUAUGUGAUAGAUGGGGAUGAAAGCAAUUGCUGUUUAGUGAAGAAACAAUCAAUCAUCAACUCUCUGUCUAAUCUGGUCGGUAUAGCAGGUCACUCGGUAAUCCUUAAAGUAGGCAAUCCUUGAAGUGGGCUGCGCGCUCGGGACGUUCCUGUCCCUUCGAUGGCCCCUGUUCCUCUCCGUCCAUAACAUACAGCCACCAUGCACAUACAUAACUUACAGCCAGCAUACACCACAGAUCACAUACAUUCAUAACAUACAGCCACCAUGCACAUACAUAACUUACAGCCAGCAUACACCACAGAUCACAUACAUUCAUAACAUACAGCCACCACGCGCACACAUCACAUACAGCCAGCACACACCACAGAUCACAUACAGCCAGCACAUACAUUCAUAACAUACAGCCACCAUGCACACACAUCACAUAUAGCCAGCACACACCACAGAUCACAUACAGCCAGCACAUACAUUCAUAACAUACAGCCACCACGCACACACAUCACAUACAUUCAUAACAUACAGCCACCACGCGCACACAUCACAUACAGCCAGCACAUACAUUCAUAACAUACAGCCACAACACACACAUCACAUACAUUCAUAACAUACAGCCACCACGCACACACACAUCACAUACAGCCAGCACACCACAAAAAAUAAUUUCAAAAAAGGUUUGUGCUGUAGUCUCAUCUUUAUUUCUUCCCUCGUCUUGACCAUUUGCUCCUAUCUCUUGUCAGUUUCCACUUUUUCUUUCCUGUAUUUGUCAGCUUCCGUCCUGUAAUGACCAGUAGGAUGCAGUAUUGGUAGCAGAGAAAGAUAGAUCUGUAGGCUUUUAAAUUACACUUCAAUCUGUAUCGUGAUGUUGUGGGAAAUAUAUUAAACUAUAAUUAGAUGGGUUUUCUUUAUCUGUCGGGGGAUGUCCAUGGGAUUUAUUCUGAAGCAGGCUGGUGGAGAUUUGUUGACUAUAAAUAGACAUCUUUUCGAAUUGAUAAAGCUGAAAUUUCUCAUGUUUAUAAAUGAACGUCAUCAAGCAUGAAAACGUGGUUGGUUGUUGAGGUGUUUGUAUGGUGGAUAAACAUUUUUAAGAUAGAAGUAAGAAAGAGUUUAAGAAAUUUCUGGACAUCUGGAACAUUCUGAGACUUCAGCACAAACCUUUUUUCUUUUUUUUUUUUUUUUUUAUCCAACCCAAAAAUCUGGAAAUGGAAGACACAAUGAAACUUAUAACAGAGCAGGUAUCAAACAUGUCACUAACUGGGAAAAUCCCAGUCUCAUUCAGGUUCCCCAGUGCUGUUAAAUCCUACUUUCACGUACUUUCCAUGCUUUUUUUGCUAAUUUUUAUUCUUGGCCCCACCCAAACCCUUCUAUCAGUGCACCUGUUUUUUCUGUCUCUACAUCUGUAUCACCUAGCCCAGAGAUAGGCCACCUUCGGCACUCCAGAUGUUUUGGACUACAUCCCCUAUAAUGCUCUUACACCCGUAAUGCUGGCAAAGCAUCAUGGGAGGUGUAGUCCAAAACAAAUGGAGUGCCGAAGGUUGCCUAUGCCUGGUCUAGCCAGACACACACUCCCCUUUUGUUCAUUCUAUUACCCAUAGAGACACACUCACACACUGUGUUCUAUGUGCUCCACACUAACUGAAUUAGUUCAUCUAAAGAUUUUCACUAUUCUAAAGAAAUCCAACCUCCAAGAUUUAUUGAUCGAUUCCAUACGUAAUCUGUAAAUUCGUAUUGACAUUUUCACGCUGUUACAAUUUGAUCUUCAGUUAAAAAAAAAAUAAGUCCCAACUCCCAUUCCACUUGUUUUGAGUGCGCAGGUGCAGUAUUGGAUAAAGGGAUGUCCUCCGUGAUUCACAACCUUUUUCAGGACCAAGAAACCUUAGUGAGAGUAUCUUUUCCAAGGCACACCGACUUUUUGUUUUCAUUAUAAUCAGCAGCUUUUAAAUGUCACAUUUACUUACAUUCUUACUACACAGAUUUGUAUAUUCUAGCUACAUGUUCUUAAAAGUUUUAUGAACGGGGAAUUCCUAUUCAAAUACUGUUACUAAGAACACAUUUAAAUACCACACUCAUCCUGUUGCAGCCCUGAAGUCACUGUGUUGGUGGGACAACUUGAAGUGGCUUAAGACACACCAGUAAGCCACAGCGCAGUUUGCCAACCACUGCUCUAUGAGACCCCUAGAAACUCACCCACCACACAAUUUCAGCACUCUCUGAUCUGCAAUCUAUAGAAGAGAUCUCUGGAGCUUAGCAUUGUCAGAACUCAUUUCUUACUUAUUCUUCAUUCCAAGCAACAUGAAGGAGUCAGUCUGUAAAAGCCUGGCCAGGCCACAUCUGUGGAUUCUGCUGCUUUUAAGCACUUAUGCUAUUUAUGUUCUCUCCCACCAAUUUUUUCUUUUUUUUUCUUAAUAAAAAAAUCUUAAUUCUCUUUGCAUUGUCCUGCCACAGCAUCUGAAAUAUACUUUUUAUGGUAAUCUCAAAGUUUUUCAACCAUUUUUUAUAAUGGUGUUCCAUAUGUUUGUAAAACAUUUAACUGGCUCCUUUUGUGUUCCUUUUUAAUCAUCCUUUCAAUCACUUUUUUUUCACUUAUCUUCUUUGUCCUUUUUCGAUAUUGGUCACUAGGUGGCAGUGCUGUAACAUUUAUUUUCAGUUUAUUAACAGGAUUUUAUUGUUGUGUGGUUUUUUUUUUUUGGUUUUUUUUUAACAGUCUGGAGUUCAAAAUACAGGCCAAAACAGACGAUUUUAGAACAAUUCUUCAAGUCAGUUCUGUGUACAAUCUUGCUUUUUUUGGCCUUACAUUUGAAAUUCACUUUGCAUUGACUGUAACUUCUCAGCAGUUAAUAACCCUAUAAAUCUUAGUUUUUUUGUUUUUUUUCUAAUAGAUAAAUAAUAAAAAUAAAAAAAAGAGGGUGAAUAUAAAAGUUCCAUUAUAAAACGGUGAAAACUAUUCAUCUUGCACAUGCACGGAGAUUAUACAAAUACCAGUAAUUCUUAAUCUCUUCCUUAAGAGCAUCUGGGUUGUAGUUUGUGACUUAGCCAGUGCAUAUCCAACACUUGGGGACUAGAUGGCAUGUCGCUAACCCUUUGUAUAUUGCCAUUAAAAAAAUAUAUAUAUAUCGGGCCCCUGUUCUGUUUCCCUCGGACGUGUGGCGAUAUACCUUUUGCCAAUUCUGAUCAGCACAGCUCACAUGUAGCUUUUGCUGUAAUAAAUGAUGUCAGUAUGUAAAGUUAAGUAAGACCAAAAAUAAUAGCUAGUGAAUAGAUGUUCUGAGGAAAAAGGAGGGUUGACCCCAACAUGGAAUACUUAAAUGAAGAAAAACUUGGAUAUUACAUAUCAUGAUAACACAUAACCUUUAUUAGUCAUUAAAAGGAAGAGCCGUCAAAUUUAGAUUGGUACUAAAAUAAUGAUCUAAUUUUUUGUCCCAUUUUCUUUAGCGUUGAUAUCUAGCUAGCUGACAUUUAAGGUUAGAUUGUAUUCAUUACAAGAAGUGAGCAUAACUCAUUUCACAGUCUAUCCCUAUCUGUUACAAUUGGGAUGAGGAUUGGGGAUAUAGAUUAGGUUACAGUGGGAGAUAUGUGACUGUUAGAAUUAUGUUUAAGAUCCGGUUAAGAAACAGAAGACUCAUGCUUGAUAUAUCACUAACCCUAGGUGUAACUGUUAAUGUAACCAUAACAGCCCUAACCCUAUUAACCAAGUGAAUACUUCAACACUUUGCUGACCAGUCCUCUUCAGACGGGGUGAGUGCACAUUGCCAAGUGAUCAAACAUGGCAUUUGCACCAGAUAUGUGGAACGGCAGUCCACAAUACAACGCAUUCCGUAGCCAGCUUCAAAUUAAUGAAGCAAUCACAUACAUGACCAUUCAUUUCAGAGAUCAUUCUUGCAGUUUCAGCAAUCAAACUAACCACACAGAGGCAGUUUUUUUUUGUUUGUUUUUUUAAAUCUGAGUAACUCAGAAGGAGAUUAUUAUGUCUUGCUAAUUUUCCCACUUUGUUCCAUUCACAAUUACUUUUGCACCAAGAACCACAGAACUACCUUUCUAAUAGUUUGUGUGAUGACAUAAUUACGAGGGUUGUGAUUUGCUCACGUGGUCAAGGAGCGUGGCUCAAGCUGUAGAGCGAUAGGUUAGAAAAGGCACAUAGUUAAACUCAUUUCACAUCUUCUCUUGUGUUUUAUACCCGCUAUAGUUCACUGUUUGUAUAAGGCUGCAGUUCUAUUAUUGUCUAAAACUUUUUUUUUUUUUGUCAGACUUUUUUCAAGGUGCGUCUUCUGAAAUUACAUACAUCUGAUCGUGCAAACAACGUGCUAUAUUUGUUGUUUGGUUUUUUUAGUUUUAUUUUCAGUGUUUGGGGAUUUCCAAGAAAUCUUGAAAAAGCAUGUUUGUCCAGUGUUAAGAACAUUUUGUGAAAACAACAGCAGCCUUAAUUAUAAUUCAUUCUUUCUUUAUUUUUCUAAAAACAAAUUAGGCUUGUAUAUCAUAUGAUUCAUCAAUUGAAAAUUGUACAAAUAUGUCACGUGUAAUUAUACGGUUAUAAAACUGCAGCACACACCAGCCUGGGUUUGACCGUUCUCUUUGGAAUGCAUUUUGUACGCAGCACAUCAAAGGAACACUGAAACCGUAACCCCCCCUCCACUUUGCAAGUUAAAAUAAUAAAGUUAAACUCUUCUUUCAUCCAUUGCUGUCCCAGCCUCGCAUCUUCCCCUUCUUCUGGGGUGAUAGUUCCCAAAUCUGAUGCAUAUCCCUCCAAAUUGCAUAAUCGGCAGUGAGGUAUUGCCAAACCAGGAAGUGACUGGUGCUCAUUUUUCUUUCUGUUGCAUGGGCAAUUUUGUCAAAUAUGCAGCAAAUGCUUCUGGGAGUUGUACUUAAUUUCCCAGCAUUCUGCUGUGAAAUUUGGAACUUGGCGCAUAAAGGUUUAAAAAUAAGCUUCCUUUUCUUUUGUUAUUGGCCACAUACAUUAACUCACUAGGUAAUGAGCUUUUCUGCUUCCCGUUCUGAGGCACUGGCUGCAACUCACACAAUGAUUGUAAAAGCAGAGUCUUUGUCUUUUCCUGGUUUAUUGCUAUUUUGGGCCAUAGAACCUUGUAUUGUGUACGGUGACAUGAGUCUAUAUAUAGAAGAUGAUAACCUCACAUAUUUGUAGUGCUACCAACGUCUGAAGCGAGUAAAAAAUCCCCGGGACACUUUGUAGAAGAAAAAUCAACCAAAUUGUUUAUUAGAUCAUUUUUCCUUCAAAAACAUCAGACAAAGAACAAAAAGCAUGCAAGUCCAUGUUUUAGGUAGAAUAAUGUCUAUAUCCUACCAUGCAAAGGAUUAUGGGAUAUGUAGUUUUAGAAAUGAUUUCAUUUAUGUAAAAAUUUGACAAUUUGCACAAAAAAAUAAAAAAAGAAUCUCAUUAUUGACAUUAACAAAACCAUAAAUUGUAGGGGUUUUAAAACCAAAUUCCCAAAUUUAGACCAAAGUAGUAGAGCUGGAGACAUUCUCACAAGUUUCUUCAAUUUCACUAUUUUAUGAAUAAGCUCGUAUUAAGUUAAGAGAAAACCAAACAAGCAACAUUGACGGCAGAAAAUUAAUUUCUUUGUGUUAUGUGGUUAUUAAUGGCACUAACAUCCUACAGUAGGGGAAAGAAUAAACAUCCUACGAGGGAUUUUAGAAUUCAUGUAGAAACCAUUCGGUCCAUCUCGUCUGCCCAAUUUUCUAAAUACCUUCAUUAGUCCCUGGCCUUAUCUUAUAGUUAGGAUAGCCUUAUGCCUAGCCCACGCAUGCUUAAACUCCUUCAUUGUGUAAACCUCUACCACUUCAGCUGGAAGGCUAUUCCAUGCAUCCACUACCCUCUCAGUAAAGUAAUACUUCCUGAUAUUAUUUUUAAACCUUUGUCCCUCUAAUUUAAUACUUUUGUUGUGGUAGUUUUUCCUCUUUUCAUUUCAAAGUAGUACAUUUUGUUUGACUUUUAAUGUUUUUAUCUCUGUACAGUGGUGUCAGUAAAGUAUAUGAUGACCAGUACAUUUAGGUGACUUGAAACAAGAGGUAAUGAGCAAUCUGUUCAGACGAGCUUGCAUUCAUGUAUUAACGCAGGACAUUUUCCUAUUGUAUAAGAACUUUGUUUCCCUAUUGGGAAACCCCUAUAUCCCCAGGCAACUGCUAUUGCUGCAUUCCAUCUGAAUCAAAUGAACACUAGGAGGAACAGUCAUCGUGCUUUUGUCUGUGGUUUCUUCUCUGUUGAGGGAAUUUCCCAGAUUGGAUAUUUAUAGUCUUUCAGACUAUGAAUACAAAGGAAAACAACAUUGACUUCUUACAAUAUGGUAAUCGGCCACUGACUUCUCACAUUUGUAAAUUAGACUGUUCCCAGCUGGAGCUGGAUGACACUCUCAAAACUGUGACCCCCACCCACAGUUAUUCCCACCAUAACCACUUCAGAAAGUCCCAGUCCGACAUAUAGCCUAGUACUGUGAUGGACUAGAACAGGGGAAGGCAAUAUUCGGCACUGCAGGUAUUGUGGACUAUAUCUCCCAUUACGCUCUUACAGCCAUUUUGGUGGCAGAGCAUUAAGAGAGAUUUAAAACCCCCCAAAAAUCCACCACAAUUGGGUUCUGGCAGACCGUUAUUAAAAGUCCUACAGUGGUAGAAAGAGGAUCCAUGUACUCCAAGUAUCUUUAAAUGUGUUUAUUGGGACAAGUGAGACACCGCAACGUUUCGACCCCUGAAAGGUUCUUUGUCGUGAUUGCAGUGCAGUUUGUUUUUUCUCUUUUUGCAAAAAAAUUAAAAGUCCUACACACAGGUACUCAUUUGUGCAGGUCCCUCUGUACACCUACACACGGUUAUUCACUUUGUAAGUGAACUAAAGAUUAAAGGACAAAAUGGCCAAACUUGAAACAUUCUCCAUGUCGACCAUGUUUUUUAGUUUGACUGUUUGUCUAACAUUUUAAAUUCACAAAGACAUAGGUACACAAACAGGCAAGGACUUACAAGAAAAGGAUUGUGAGAGAUCUCAGCAGAAUGACAUUAGGACGGACAAAUACACAGAUUGUUAGAGACAGACAGAUUCUAAUAAAUUGUUUAAAUUUACCAGACUGAGAGACGUGUACGUACCUAGGUAGACGACUGAUGGUAAAAAUGUGCUCACUGUGACAGAUCAUGUUUGGUACAAUGCCACAUGAUCAAUAUACACAAUUCUACUAAACCUGUAUUGUUGUUUAGUCAAUUUUUUCUCCUUUUGUCUCUUUGCUUUGGAAUGCAGAAAAUAAGGAAACGUAACAUGAGGCUGUAUAUCCUGUUCGCCAUAGACAGCAGAUUGACUUAUUGUUGUAGGGUUGUGAUAGUCUCAAGCGUAUCCUUUUUCUCCCUGAGGCUCAAUAACAUGCACUAUACAAAAAAGAAAUGUGGACUGGCUGCAAGGCUUGCUACACACCUCUCAACAGAGAUGAUGUACAGCUCUGCCUCCAUGAAUUUCUGGACCCAGUGAUAGAUUUAGAUUGUUUUUUUUCUUCCCAUAGCCAAGUAAAAUGGAUGUUGAGACACAGAGAUCAUGCCAGGAAGAAGCACAGGCGAGGGUGGCGAGCUAUGACAGUCACUAUGGUGUCCCUGACCUCAUCUUGAUGUGUCAUUUUAAUUUUACCACUUGUCACACAGUGAUGACGCUUUACUGAUGAUACUAAAAUAUGUAACAGGGUUGACGUUCCAGGAGGGAUAAGCCAAAUGGAAAAUAAUUUAGGAAAGCUAGAAAAAUGGUCAGAGUUGUGGAAGCUGACAUUUUAAUGUGGAUAAGUGCAAGGUAAUGCAUCUUGGGGCGUAAAAACCAAAGGGCGGAGUACAGAAUAUUUGAUAGAGUCCUAAUCUCAACAUCUGAGGAAAGGGAUUUAGGGGUGAUUAUUUCUGACUUAAAGGUAGGCAGACAAUGUAAUAGAGCAGCAGGAAAUGCUAGCAGAAUGCUUGGUUGUAUAGGGAGAGGUAUUAGCAGUAGAAAGAGGGAAGUGCUCAUGCCAUUGUACAGAACACUGGUGAGACCUCACUUGGAGUAUUGUACACAGUACUGGAGACCGUAUCUUCAGAAGGAUAUUGAUACCUUAGAGAGGGUUCAGAGAAGGGCUACUAAACUGGUUCAUGGAUUGCGGGAUAAAACUUACCAGGAAAGGUUAAAGGAUCUUAACAUGUAUAGCUUGGAGGAAAGACGAGACAGGGGGGAUAUGAUAGAAACAUUUAAAUAUAUAAAGGGAAUCAACACAGUAAAGGAGGAGACUAUAUUUAAAAGAAGAAAAACUACCACAACAAGAGGACAUUAGUCUUAAAUUAGAGGGGCAAAGGUUUAAAAAUAAUAUCAGGAAGUAUUACUUUACUGAGAGGGUAGUUGAUGCAUGGAAUAGACUUCCAGCUGAAGUGGUAGAGGUUAACACAGUAAAGGAGUUUAAGCAUGUGUGGGAUAGGCAUAAGGCUAUCCUAACUAUAAGAUAAGGUAUUUAGAAAAUUGGGCAGACUAGAUGGGCCGAAUGGUUCUUAUAUGCCGUCACAUUCUAUGUUUCUAAGAAGCAUUCUAGACUCCAUAACAGGACCAUUGUGUGCCUGAUGGUCCUGGUCGCUUCUUACCUUCAGGCCGAGGUCAAAAGCUUCAAUGAGGAAGCCUUGGACUGUGCGCAAGUGACACACUGGCUCUACACAGAAAUCUGAGCUUUUGUGCCAGGGUCUAGUUGUACAUAGGCAGCCCUUAGCUCUGUUCUGGAUGGCCUAAUGUGAGUCCAUUGAAGAAAUUAUGUCCAUCGACACGCACUGCGUGCCGUCAAUGGACACAAUUGUUUGUUCAUCUGUUUGAUUUUCCCCUCUGUUUGUCCACCCUCUUAUGUCCACCACACACUCUCUCCCUCUUCUGCGGGGCUCAAAGCUGUGAGGUGAGUGAGAAAUAUCAAUGCUGGCUGCUAGUCGUUGCUUUGGGGUCAUCUAUGGAAUUGAGAGGUAGAUGGGCUUUAGUGGUGAGAUGAGUGAAUUGGGUUACAAUGUGGUGAUUAGAAAAUAUGUAAGUGUUCUACUUUGUGUGGGAUUUGCAUGGAGGAAUAACAGAUUUUAUAAGUGGUACCGAAUCCACAUCCUCUUUUGGCUGAAAUUAUCAACUCCCAACCAUAUUUGCCUUUAAUAAACAUAGCAAUUGCAAAUUUGGUUAAAAUUCUGUUAUUUUAGCCAAAUCGUGCUACUUUGGAAAGUUUCUGUACUGAAUAAUGUCCAAUCAAGUAUCACAAAAAUGUUGCAUUUUGGCAUUAUAAUGUGAUGCACACUCACAUGAAGAAUACACAUUAUUUUCCAAAACAUGCAAGGAGGUUUAUACACCAAACAUUGAAUUUCAGCAAAUUAAAACCAAAACUGCAACAUUUAGGCUAAAAGAUACUUUUUUUUAGGAUUCCACAAUGAACAAACACCCUGUUCCAGUAUAAACAUCCACAUUCUUUAGCUACCCUUUCCUAUUCUAAGCGGAAAUUAUUAGAUGUGCAGUUUUUUUCGACAUAAAUCGCUCUGUGUGUGAAUCAGAGAACUUACAGGAAUACAAACAUUUGAUUCUGCUUGUGAAAGAUGUUCAUUUUGUGACAGGAUACAUUUCCAGUACUGAGCACGUUCAUAUGUUGCUUACUAAAUAUAACCAGUCUAUAACAAAUGUUGCUAAGUGCAAUUUUACUUUUGUUUAUUUCCGUGAUAUACACUCAUACACACUACACAUUACUAAGAUUUCUUAUACCCUCAUACACCACACACUAGGAAUUACAUUGAUGUGGCGUUUGGAAAUACACACUUGUAUGCAACACUAUGCUGGGAUUUUUUUGCUGUAGCACUCAGGAAUUAUCCCGUACAUACUAUGCACUGAUCAGCUGCCUAAUAUCAUGUAUGUCCCCCUUGUGAUGUCAAAACAGCUCUGAUGCUUUGAGACAUGGACUGCACAAGAUCUCUGAACUUGUCCUAUGCUAUCUGGCACAAAGACAUUAGCAGCAGAUCCUCCCUGCAAGUUGGGGUGGGCCUCCAUUGAUCAUAUCCCUCAGAUGCUCGAUCAGGUUGAGAUCUGGAACUCUUUGUCAUGUUCCUUAAACCGUUCCUGAACAAUUUUGCAGUGUAUUAAAUAUAGAUGUAGUCUCUUGAAACGUAAGAGACCAAUGGAGUUCGCGUAGUUAGAACCAAAGUAGGGAUAACCUAAAUUAGAAGUAACCAAAACAUUAGAAACAUUGCUAAAACCACCCCAAAAUGGGAGCAAGAGAUGAGGAGUUCCUACUUAAAUUAACAUUAAAAUGUAACUUUAUUAAAUUGGUAGAAAUACAUAAACAAGAGAAAACUAAAUAGUUCUUAGGUGUAGAUGGGUAACAUGAAUUUUCUCGGUGUAACUAAACCUCAUACGUAUUAAAUAUAUAUAAAAAUGGCCAUUACAGUAAAAUGAAAAUGUGCCUCUCAAGUCUUUAAAUGGGACUCGGAGGAGCAUUGUUGGGGGCUGGGCGUGCCCAUUAGGUACAUCCACAGAUGUUUUAGAACUACAGGUUCCAUUCAGGCUUUGUCAUUCUAAAACCAUUCUAGAGGUAUGCAAAGCACCAUGGGAUUUGAAGCUCUACAGCACCUUUUGGUCACCCCUGAGUUAGACAAUAUGUCCCUAAUAAGAUGAUAACAUUUGCUAACUUUUAGACCAAGUACCAAAUAGUACCCUGCACUAAUAUGCACUAAUUAAGAGGAAUGUGUCUAAAUAUAGCUUUGUUAAAGGAACACAAUAGUCUCCUAAAUUACUUUAGCUAAAUAAAGCAGUUUUAGUGUAUAGAUCAUUCCCCUGCAAUUUCACUGCUCAAUUCACUGUCAUUUAGGAGUUAAAUCACUUUGUUUCUGUUUAUGCAGCCCUAGCCACACCUCCCCUGGCUAUGAUUGACAGAGCCUGCAUUAAAAAAAAAAAAAAACUGGUUUCACUUUCAAACAGAUGUAAUUUACCUUAAAUAAUUGUAUCUCAAUCUCUAAAUUGAACUUUAAUCACAUACAGGAGGCUCUUGCAGGGUCUAGCAAGCUAUUAACAUAGCAGGGGAUAAGAAAAUCUUAAUUAAACAGAACUUGCAAUAAAGAAAGCCUAAAUAGGGCUCUCUUUACAGGAAGUGUUUAUGGAAGGCUGUGCAAGUCACAUGCAGGGAGGUGUGACUAGGGUUCAUAAACAAAGGGAUUUAACUCCUAAAUGGCAGAGGAUUGAGCAGUGAGGCUGCAGGGGCAAGUUCUAUACACCAAAACUGCUUCAUUAAGCUAAAGUUGUUCAGGUGACUAUAUAGUGUCCCUUUAAUAACAAGAAAAAAUAUAUAUCUUGGUCUAACAACCAUAGAGAAAGCUGUAUUUAGGUAAUAUAUUGUCCUAAUGUCUAUAUUUCCCCAGAAGUCUGAAUUCUAGAUACUGUCACUAAUUUCUAAUGAAAAUCCAAGCUAUUUAAAACUACCAGGAAUAGUCAGCCAUAGCACAAGUUCAACUGUAUACAUAAAUCAAUGUGUUAUGAUUGUAACCAAGGUAAGUGACAAAUAGGGAGUUACACCACUUGCUAUCCAAUGUAGCAAGAGCAGUCAUAACGUAAUAAGCACAUGAGUCAAUUAGGAGUGUAAUGUACUAAGCACUGGAUUCCAUUCCAAGUAAAAUAUAUUCCAAGAUAGUACUUGGAAAAAAAUCCACAAAACUCUAAGGACAUAAAUAGUAACUAUCAUGACAAUUGGCUUUUGUUUGGCAAACCGAAUAAUUAGCAAAGGAGGAGGCCCAUCCCAAAAAGUGAGACAGGUAAAAUGCUCUUUGUAGAGGAUCCCAAAAUAACUGACCCGAAACUCAAGGUCCCAAAUCAGCAAGGAUUGAAAUUAGGUUAGACGGUUAGUAUUCCUCCACUCUCUCUUAAAAUUCUCCCACCAUCAUCUGAAUAGGUCCCUUCCAACACCCAUGUAAAAAUAAAGUAUUCAUAAAUAAUCAGUGGUGAAACAGAAAUAAAAUCAAUAGAAGCAAGUUGCCCUGUGCAGGCUGUAUUAAUGUGCUGAAACCUCAUUCCAUGGUCCAGUUCUGACACUCCUGUCCCAAUCGAAGGUGCUUUUUAACAGUGCACCUUCAUGGGCACCCUAACCGGUCUAGGGUUGCACAGCCCCAAACGCAGCAAGCUGUGAUGCACUGUGGGUUCUAAUGCCUUACUGUCAUGGCUAGCAUGACGUUUUGAGCUAGCUGUCCUGUGUGAUCGGACCAGACUGGUUAGCUUUUGCUCCCCAUGUGCAUUAAUGAGCCAGUUCACAGGUUGUCCUUCCUUGCACCACUUUUGGUAGGUACUAACCACUGUAUGCCGGGAACAACCCUCAAGACUUGCUGUUUUGGAAAUGCUCUGAAGUCAUCUAGCCAUCUCUAUUUGGACAUUGUCAAAGUCGUUCAAAUCUUUUCGCUUGCCCAUCUUUCCUGCUUCUAACACAUGAAAUUCAAGAACUGACUGUUCACUUGUUGCCUAAUAUAUCCCACCCCUUAAAAGAGGCCAUUGUCACGAUAUAAUCAAUGUUGUUCACUUCACAUGUCAGUGGUUUUAAUGUUAUGGCUGGUCAUUGUAUUUUAUAAGCCAGAUCUCUGUGAUACAUUUUUAUGCACACAUUAUAAAUAUACGUUAUAUUCCGUUUUAUUGCCAAGGACCUCUGUUAUUCCAUCAUAACAGAACCCACACAUUAAUGUGCGUUCCAUUGUUAUGGAGCUGCGUGAUGAACUACUUCACAUUUUAAAUUAUUGUGAAUUUCACUGUUAGGGAGCUCUGCUACUCACUCAUACACACCAUAUCUGUUUUUUUUGUUAGAGAGCUCUGUCAUACAUUCACAAACCCUCUACAUUACAGUGGUAAUAUUGCUGUGGAAUUCUGGGGUACAUUACUGUAGAGUCCUGAAUUAUUCUAUUCUACAACACACAUUACUGUGAAAUACCUUGUUGUGGAGUUCUGUUAUAUACAUUGCAUGUUUUAUUGUUGUGGAGCUCUGUCAUAUAUACACACUGUUUAUGACUGAGUUUUUGUGCUCUAGAGGUUCAUGAAACACUUGUAUAAACUGCUCAUUUCUGUGAGUUGUACUAUUGUGGAACUGUCUGAUCUAAAGGAAUAGAUUUGUAUUCCUAGCGUUAUAGUGUCCCUGUCUCUAGUUAAGUACAUGUGUGUGUUUCCCCACCUUGUUAUAAAAAUAAAUAAAAUUAAAGGAUUUACUUAUCGGUUUCCCCACCUCCUGCAACAUCAUGGAGGAGGCGUGACCUUCUCCAGGGAUGGUCAAAUCCAGUGCUCCUGAUAGAGAAUUGAGGAUCUGAUGCAAAACAUGAUGAAUGCCGUUCACGCAUUCAAGCUUCCCCAAAUGAAAACAUUGUAUUCAAUGCUUUCCUAUGAGCUUCCACGUCAUGCAACAGUUCUACUAGACAGCCGUUCGAGGUGGAUUUAAUCCUGCAAUGUAAGCAUUGCAAUUUUUAAAACUACGUUUUACAUUGCCGGGUUAAAAGGACAGAAAUACUGCACCCAGAACACUUCUCUGAGAUGAAGUAGUCUUGGUGACUUUCGUGUCCCUUAAUCAUACACUCCACACAAGGAAUGCAGACAGGUGAUUUUGUAAGAACAAAAGUAUUCGUGUUUAUUUUGGUGGAUACUAAAAGAGGGGAGGCGAAACCUGCUGGUAUUCAGAAGAAAUCAGUUCAUUAUUGUGACACAGAUUUCAAAUUCCCCUGAACUACCACAUUCCAGUUUAUUUUGGUGAAUACCGAAAGAGGGGGGGUGACUUCUGCUGGCAUCCAGAGGGGAUACAUUUAUUAUGGUUUCACAGACCACAAAGUCCCCUGAACUACCACAUCUAAUCUUUAUAGAGAUCUAAACUGAAAGGCUCAUCCUAUUUGGAUUUCCCCUAUGUACUGUGUGUCCUUUUAAAAAAAAUACAAUAUCGAACCACUCUAUUCUCCUUGCCUCAUCAAUUUUAGCAGUGUUAGAAAUGUAUCAAACUGCAGACCUGAGCUAUCGUGACCUCAAAAUUCAGAUUACCUUGGCCCGCGUUGUAUAACUAGUCCUAAAUUACAUGUCUUGCGUAGUCCAGGAAAGAUGCUUUUGUGUACUUCACGCGCGGCUUUAAAACCAGACCAGCGCUAGCCUGUUUGACUUUAUUUUGCUGUCAGACUGACGUGAGCGCAAGGUUUUUUUCUUGGCAAUCAACACUGCCUUUGAAUUUAAAUUGAUUACGGUUAAAACUUGUCAAAAAUACAUAACUCUUGGAUGGCCGACAAGUAGGUCCCCUAAAUAUAGUCGUUACAUAGUUAACAUAGCUGAAAAAAGACUUGCGUCCAUCAAGUUCAGCCUUCCUCACAUAUGUUUUUGCUGUUGAUCAAAAGAAGGCAAAAUACCCAGUCUGAAGCGCUUCCAAUUUUGCAACAAACUAGGAAAAUAUUCCUUCUUGACAAAAUAGCAGUCAGAUGUCUGCUUGGAUUAAGCAGCUAUUACCCCACUAAUUAGAAAUUAUAUCCCUGUAUGUUAUGUUUUUGGAAGUAUUUAUCCAAUUGCUGUUUAAACAGCUGUAUGUACUCUGAUAAAACCACCUCUUCAAUCUAAAACCUCCAUGAUGCUUUGCCAGUCUCUGGGCUGCAGGCACUCAUCUUAUCCAUGCGUCUCGCAAAGCUUACUAUAGUACUGUACUGGACACUAGUAGUGAUGCUAUCAUUUCAGAUGGUGAACUAGAGCCAGGCAGUCUAUCUAUUUUACAGAUUUUAUAUAGCCACUCUCUGACCAGUAACAUUGGGGAGGGGGUACAAGGGCACUCCUGGCACCAUAACUUCUUCAAAGGUCUGUAGUAGUUAUGAUGCUCAGAAUGGUCCUUUAAGAUUGAAUGCUACGGAUAAUACUACUUUGUUAAUGUACUGAAAUUACUGCUUCGAUUUCUGCUCACCAUUCUAUCGCUCUGGUUAUACGUUAUUCUUUUAAAAGGUGUAUGCUGCACUGUCAUUACUUGAUUAUUAAAGGUUUUCAAGGAAGUGAUGAUAAAUUACAAGGUCUGACUGUGUAAGGUACCUUUUUAGUACAACCUAGGUUGCAUUUGGUGCAUUGAAUCAUGUAUACCACAUUGCUGGAUGUGCAGGAGUAUGAUCCUUUCAUGCUGUAGGUUUUAUUGUUGUGUGUGUCUGUGCAUAUGUGCUGACGCAGUUUGAAUCCAGAUUUUUUGCAUUGACUGGUCCCGUUUUCUUUAUUCUUCCCAUCAGUGGGUAGCUUCCUGUUGAUUCAUUUUUGUUGGAGGUUUGGUGGUUGUCUGAAGGCCAAAAUGGAUGUUUCAGAGAAAAUGUUUUUCUCAAUCUCAUCUUCUGUUAACAUUGGUUGUAGGUCUUUGAUGAUUUUCAGUAUUUCCUCAAGAGCUGGGUUGUAGGUGACCACAAGUGGCACUCGUGUAGAUAUUUUUUUCUCUCUGUACUGAAGCAGGCGCGUGCGUGGAGUUUUUACAGCAGAGUUGAUUUGUUUGGUAAUAGUUUUUGGUUUGUAGCCUUUCUGUCUCCUAGAUUGGGAGAGUAUAUUUAGAUGGGAAUUAUAGUCAUUAGGGUCAGAGCAUAUGCGAUGGUACCUAGUGGCUUGGCUGUAGAUGAUGCUCUGUUUAGUAUGGGAGGGGUGGAAGCUGGAGCUGUGACUGGAGCGGUCUGUGAGUUUUCUGUAAACCGAGGUGUGGAUUGUGCCAUUUUUACAUGUCUCAGUGUUUGCAAGAAUGUUGUCUAUUUUCUAUAAAGCCUGUGUCUUAUCUGCACUCCUGUUGUUUUAACCCCUGUAUCACAACUCAACUUUGAAUUCAAUGUGUCGUCUUGCUCAGAAAUGCUUCAGACUUGAGAAAGGGAGGUUCUCCUGAAAGCUUUUCAUUAAAAAAUUCUGUCAAAUAAAAAAGGUAUUACAGGAUACACAUUUUAUCUGUUUUUUACAUCUACAUUACUGGCUGCAAUAUAUAUAAAUAUAUAUAUAUAUAUAUAAUUUUUUUCUAUUAUUUUAGUUUUUCUUCAUUUACUGCAGUGAAGUGGAGGGAUUUGAAUAUAAUUUAUUUUCCUAAAGCUACAGGCUUCCUUUAAAGCUGGAUCUGCACACUUUGCCCUGUUGUUGUUGUUAUUAUUUACAAACCACCAACAUAUUUUGUAAGAUUGUACAAUAGGUGGGCUGCCAUACAAAAAAAAAGCACAAAAAACAAGUUGGAUCAGCAGGAAUAGGAGGUAGUGACGGCCUUGCGUAAAUGAGCUUACACCCUACAUGGAUAUAGCACUAUCAGUUCUUUGCCUUUACAGAAGACAUUGUCUUAUAAGGUGGUCAUGUUUUGCAAGAACUGUUUUAUUAUCAUGGUUGCUGGGCAGCCUGGGAAUUUCUGGAGAGUGAAACACACUGGGUUUUAGUUCCUUAUCUGCUCACACCCAGCUGUACAAAGUGCACACCUUUCCACACAGGGGAUUCCCCAAGCAUUCUUCCCGAGAGUGAAAGAGAAGUGUGUUUUAUCAAACACAUUUUACCUGUGUAGCAAAGUGCAAUCUACAUCUAGAUGGCUAGAUCCAUUCUCGUGUGCAAGUCUUUUAUCAUCUCUGACAAACCUUUAGAACUGUUGCUCCCCUUAGCCUGUAUUCACUGUCACGAAGGCUUUUUUGUGCAUGAACGGUAAUGUAGUCCACAGCUGCUAGAUUGCUAAAGCUUAGCCAUCACCGCUGUGUGGGUACUGUUUCCUAUGUGGUCAGCACUUACGGAAAUAGUUCUUACUUUAUAAAUAUAUGGUGCUUUUAAUAUUUUGCUUUUCAAUUAAUUUUUGCUUUCUGGGUACUUUCCAGGUGAUGUAUGGUGGUAACUGAUCUAAACCUGUACAAACUGUCACAUUUUAAACAACAUUCAUUUUGACCAGUGAUUAUGCAGUGGAUUAUGAUCAAAUUUUCUACAUUUUAUGAAUGUGGGCAUCAUUUUCAAAAGUUACCCAGGAACAGCUUUUAAAGGGGCACUUUUACCCCCCAAACCGUUACAUCUUAAAGGUACCUUAUACUGCUCAAUACAAUAAGAAAAUAACAGUUUAGUAGAUAUUCUAUCAAUGAAAACAUGCAUGUAAAAUCACUGUUUAGAUCCGCAGCCCCCAUUGCCUCCCUUUGAAAAGGUAUUUUACACACCUUUUUUCCAGUGCCGCACAGAUCUCACCACAGCUGUCCCGGGCUUUGUUCCGCCUCAAAUUUGACAAUCUCAGCCAAUAUAGUUGCUUUCCCAUAAGAAAGCAUUGGGAGGCAAUCGUGCAUGCACGACAAAACUCAUAGAGAUGCAUUGAAUCAGUGCUUCUUUAUCGGGAAUGUUCCGCGGAUCCAUGCAGUGUGGGGAGAUGUUGAACACCAGUGCUGCUCACUCUACUACUGACUGCCACUAGAAGUGUUACUAGGCAAUAAUGUAAACACUGCCUUUUCUCUGAAAAGGCAUUGUUUACGUAAAAAAUCCUGCAGGGGCAGGCUGCAUACAACAGAACCACUACAUUAAGCUGUUCUGUUUCUGGUGACUAUAGUGUCCCUUUAAAAUUGUUUUAUUUCAGCAUAGUUUUGGAAGCAAUUUUAAUUUGCACUUCCUGUCUAAUGGACAGUGAAGCCGGAGUGCAGGUUUAUAUGGUGACAAUGAUACCAUCUUACAUCCAGGAUCGGAUGUUUGCUUUUGCCGCUGGUGACUGAUAUUGAAUGCAUACUGUUGCCAGGUUUAAAUAUCCAAUAACUCCAGAGCCUACAAGUAGCUCUCCAGCUGUUGAUCAACUAAAUAUCCCGGGAUCUCGAACUUACAUUUGUUUGUUACUGUCACAAAGUGUACUUAGCCCUUCUCACGCUGUACAUUAGGUAGCAAAGAGAUAGUAAAGUGUAUGCAAUAAUUCAAAUGGCCAGGAUUAACAAAACGCCUUUUAGGAAGACAAAAGAGAAUGCAGUAAGACAUUCUGUUGGAAACUGUAAGGCAAGCAGAAUUCAGGAUUCCGACAAAGAUAUCUAUAAAACCAGACCAAGGACCACAGCAAAGGUCAAACCAUAGUAAAUGUAAUGUUUUAUAGGGAUGGGUCAUUGAGCUGCAGAGAAUAAAAAUAGUGGGCCAACACGCUCAUGAAAUUUUGUUGUGUGAUUUACUUGAAAGUGUUGCAUGCUGUGGGUGUUAUUGCACCGAGAUUUUAAAUGGGUUCUCACACACGUUUGUAUGUAUUGCAUGUAUGUAUGUAUGAAUUGCUGUUUAUUUCUAUGAAUUUUCCAGGAUAGGUGCUUAGACACAAAGGAUCUCAUGAUAGCAUUAAUCAGAUUCCCAGGGUCAUCCUUUUCUACAGGCUAGUUUUAUUUUGUUUGUUUUUUGUGUGUGUGUGUCUGUCUUUGUCUUUUCAAAAAAGGAACAUUUUCCUCUCUUGGCAAUCUUUCCAAAAUGACCAAAUUCAGAAACCACCUUGUGACUCCUGUGUUUUCGUGGCAUAUCUGCACGUAUCCUUUCUGAGCUCAAAAUCCAACUAUCCUACAAUUGGAAAUUCCCCAAUUCUCCUGAUGCUCCAGUAAAUCUUAAUCAUAUUAAAUAUUAUUUUUUGAUUGAGGAAGUGACUCAAUCUUUGAAAACAAAAAAAAACACAUUAUAUUAAAAUGUAGAUUACUUGGUUACCCCACGGAACUUGAAUUGGUUUUCAGGUUGUCUUUAGCAUGGACAUUCUUUCAGUCAACGUCAAUUUCUCGAACACAGUUAACUGCAAAUACGUUUUAUCUUCUGUCUUGUUAUACAUUAUCUGUGGCAGUAGGUAUCGUAGUUACUGCAACCAGUACUAGCUGCAUGCAAAAAUGACCAACGUGUUAAAUACAUGUCUAUAUCAGCAGUAGGGAUCAAUCUCGCCUUUGCGUCUCAUGUGAUGCUGUCAAGUUUAACCAGAACUACUAACAAAUAAAAUAAUGUGUCAAGACAGCCUGGCAUUUAAUAAUUGUAAAUUAAAGAAUUAAAAAUAAAAAAACAUCUCUAAUGGCACAUUUCUCUCCCGUUCUCAUUAUUCUCCUCCCCAUCUUCAAAACGUUUUCUGUCCAUUGUAUAUUUAAAUCAAAGUGGGUACGUCAGAGUCCCGCUUACCGAGGGAUCACUUGUUGCUCGUGCCACCUCCCAAGACCGUUACUGUCAUCAUCCAUGCCUACAGCAACAUUUUUAUAACUGUGAGGAGUAAUUCAAUGUUUAUUAUCAGAUCUUUAGUUUAAACCGAUUUGAUAUACUUGUCUUCACUUAUUUCUGUUUCUGUUCUAAAUGAAGAUGGUCACAAAAUAGAAAAAGAAAGACGUAACAGUGGUACAUUAAAGGCUCAUUUCCUGCUGGUAUCAUAAUGCAUGUGAAUUCUGCGUGACACAUAUAGUUUGCAAGUGCAUUCUAUGGGUGACAUACCUUAGGCACAUUCUUUAAAAGCUGUGUGUCUGUGUGAACAUAGGUGAAUUCGGUUCAGGCUUAGUCAUAUCGACUUACCUACCUGUGUACAUUUCGGAAUUCCCCUUUGGUGUGGUCCAGCUAAAACCACAUAAUGUAAGUACGCCUCCAGCCAUAAUCCAGUAACGCAGAACAUGACACUGGGAUAUGCCAACGUAGCUCUAUAAACCUAUAGCAUGAGACCAUGUAUCUGGACAUAAACACCGACAUAACGUGGAAAUUCCCAAUUAUCCUAUCUCCCAGCAUUUCAAAUGGCCAGUCAGGGGCUUUUUAUUUUUUCGGAGGAGGAGGAUUUGGCCUGGGUCAGGGAAUUUGAUCUAUUUUAGUAAUUUAUAUAAUAACAUAAACGCCAAGCAUGUUGGUGCAACUGAUUAGCCUAAAGCAGGCACCUCAAACUGUGCAUCCAACCCCCCUCCAGAUAUUGCUAAGCUGCAACUCACAUUAACUUCUGGCUGUCUAUUUCAUUCACAGAAUUCUGAGAGCUGCCAUCAACAUAUAAGUAGGGAAUGUGUAAAGAGAAAUUUAAAGGGACACUCCAGACCCCGAAAGCACUUUAGCUUGCAGAAAAGCUUUAUGUGUGAAGAGUGUGUUCUCAUUCUUUCAUUUUGCAAAAAGUUCAGAUUUCAGUCGAAAUUGGCACUUUCAUAACUUCAAAUGGUUACACCCCCCUCCACCGCCCUGAUUUGAAGCACACGGCAGGUUCAGUUACUUCCUGGUUUGGUUAGCUCACUGGAACGAAACUCAAUAGCUCAGAGCACUUGCCUUGAAAAGACUUGACCUGCAUUGGGAAAUUUGUGAUUGGACAGCAACAGAAAGUCUGGGCAGGGUUAGAGGGGGAGGGUGGGGGAGCUUUCAAAGGCUGCAGACUAGAGAACUGCAGCUUUUGCAAGCUGUUUAUAGAUAUACCCUCCAAUGAAAAAAAAAAACACUAUUAAAUGCAUGCAAGUUUUCAUCUGGGGUGUAUCUACUAAACAGUGAUUUAUAUUUAGACGGUAGUGUUCCUUUAAUCCGAAGAAGGGAGAUUGAACUGGAUGGUAUAAACUGGGCUGAGGGAUUAGAAGUGGUUGGAAGGCCAUGUAGGUUUAGGAGUCAGACACAGAGAUUUGACGUGAAUAAAGUAGUCUGAAAUGGUCAGUGGUUAUGGUGCAAUGGAUACUUGUAGUGUCCCUUUAAUAAUAAGCAAGCAGUGCACUUUAAGCAGACUUUUUAUAUGUACUUCCCAAAAGUGCAUUCUGCAUUACAGUAGAAAAUCGCUCACAGUUUUGAAACUGAAAGUAGUCAAAGUUUCUGUUACAAUGUUAUCAGUCAUUUUAAAAAUGUGCAGAAUUCCCCUUCAUUUAAUCUGUUUCUUUUUCCAGGAGCUGCAGGAUUUUCAACAUUUUGUGCAUUCCCGACCUCCAUAUGAUAUUGUAGUUGACGGACUGAAUGUGGCACAUAUGUCCACUAAUGGCAUACGCUCCCAAAAUGUGAGUUAUUAACUUUUUCCAGCUACUAAAUAGGCUAGCGUUUACCUAUAUUAUAUAAACAAUUUCACAUUGUCUAUUAGUAAUGGAUGCCAGAGUUGGGAUCCCCCACCAUGUACAUAUCUUGCUCACAAAAGCUAGAGGUUAUUAUCCGUUCCUCUCUGAUGAGGACUGUGAGAUGUCGUACUGUUUCUUAUGUUGAGAGAACCUGUCUGGUAUUUCAGAUGGUAUCAGUCUGACGUGCCACUGUAAGAAUUCCCACUGUAUUAAGCUUUUCUGUUUUCUUCAACUGCAGUUCCCAUCAUUCUCUCGCCAGGAAUGAUGCGAGUUACAGGCCACGGCAUCUUACAUUAACUGUAAACAUGCAGACUGGAUUUGGGUAACAGACAUGCUCUUCUCAAUGGCACUGCCAUUUUGACUGUGCCAUUCUUAAAAAUGUACCUUUUUUUUUUAUAAUUAUUAUGUGCAGUCACGAAUAUGCAUGCAAAUCUCAAAAGAAGCACCGACCGCACGCUUUGGAAGUGAUCUAAAUAUCCAAUCAAAAUAGGUUGUACAACAAAACAUGCACACAAUAUAUAAUAUAUGCUUGUACGCGGUGCAUUGCUAAUGUUGAAAAGUGAAGUUAGCACCCAUGGAGUCAGACGAUUAGUAAUGUAACACCGACUUUGACAACAAAUGGGAAUAUGGAAGAUGAAAAGGGAAAAUAAGUGGCAAGAAUCGAAAUUGGUAUUCUGACGUUUUAAUAUAAGAAAGCUCAGUAGAAGGCCUCGUCAUGUAGCGUCCUUUAAUGUGUGCUGACCUUUGAAAUCUGGAAUAUUGUCCUCUGCAGCUAUAAUGCAUCCAGUGAUCGCCUUUAUGUCCUUUUUUAGGAAUGCUAUAUCUACAGUAAAGAGGUUACCAGAUUGCCAGCAUUAUUGGCAGUAGGUCCCUCUACUUGGAUGGCAUAUUUGGCUGGAAAGGUGGUAGUUUCACCCGCCGAGGAUUUAGAAAGCUCCUCCGUAGCUCCAGCCACUGUGGGAGGAGAUAUGUGAGGUUGGCUCUUGUUAGGAAAAAGUUAAUGAGCACGAAAAAUCCAGAAAUAUAAUAAUAAAUUUGAUUACCUCACUGGUGAUAAGGUUCUAACUGCUUGGAUCUAAUCAAGCAAAAAACUUUAUUUAGAAUAGGAAAGAAAAAGGCUGCCAGACUCGCCACAAAUAGAUCAGGCAACCAAAUUUAAAGGACAACUAUCAUCUUAAAACUUUUUAUUUAUUUAUUUAUUUUUUAAAUACAAUCCUGUAAUUGAGUUUUGAAAGGAAAUAGAUGGGGGGUUUUUUUGUUUUUGUUUUUUAAAUUAAGUGUAUGUAAAAAAUGAUAAAAUGCAAAAACUAGGAUCCUUCAGCCAAAUACAUGCACCUUGGGGCAGACAGUGUUUGACAACCAACAGUUAGUCUCUAUGGUCUUCACUGUUUCUGUGCAGUGAGAGAAGCAAGAAAGACCAUAAAGACUAAGUGUCGUUUUUCGAACACUGUCUGAUCGAAGGUGCAUGUAGGUGGCUGAUGAUCCUGUCAUAUACUAAAGGCAGAGAUGAGCCUUUCUCAUUUUCUUAAAAAUUUUUUUACAUAUAUUUUAUUUUUAAAAAUCAUAGGAAACUGGGGGCGGGGCCUGAUAGCCAAGAUGGCCGGACGUGAUUUUUGAAAGCUCCAGCACCAGCCGACACAAUCCCACUAAUCCUGUCCAAACAACAGAAGCCAAAAACUUAAGGAGCUUGGAAGGUGACAUAGGACCUAGCAGGGAACCGAAUGAAACCUGUCCCACGCUGAUCCGCACUACGAGAGCCUGAACCGGCCAUGCGGUCUAAAACGAAGCGGAGCCUGGAGCAUGGCGGAGGCAGCCAAUCACCCGGCAAGGGACCAGUUCACAAACGAGAAGCACACAAUGCCCUGCUGCCCCUCCCCCGGACCGGCGGAGGUUAUCCCAGUCCUCACUGGGGACGAUCACCCCCAAACAAGCGACAAAGACCACAGACAGGCAGAAAUGCCAGGGCCUAACCAAUAUGGCGGCUGGGAUGCGGCCCGCAAAGGGGAGGACCCACAUCAAGCCACCAACACAUACUCUAGAGUUCUUUGACCGGCUUGGCGCAAGCCUCUGGACAGAACUCCAUUCCAAAGGCCGGAUAUUUAAGCUAGCGUUGAAACGAGCAGCGUCAUGGAUUCGCCCUAUAAUCCGACGCCAACUAUGCAGACACCCACCCACAGUUUCCAGGGGGGUCUCCCGACGGAGGAGAAAUAGAGAACCCGGUUGGCAGACAAAAUUGAUAUACCCCCCCCCCCAGGCACCAGCUCCCGUUCGAGCACACACCAAUGGGGUACCACCCACCUCGCCGGACCCGCUCACUGCCCUACAGCUUCUGAAACCACCGACCAUCAGGCGGAACUCGCCACCUCCCAGGCUCACGCUCGGGAAGGUGGGAGCAAUCGGAGCAGCGAACACCCCACAUGGCCUUUGGAAAGGACCCGACGACAGGGAACAGAAAAAGUCACUGCCCACCACGUUAACCGGGAGGCUACCGAAACUCACCCCCCAAACGACACACAGAGAAUCAGCAGGGGCACUGGGACUGUACCCACAAUGGGCUCACGCCCCCUGGCCCGAGCAGCACCCACACAACUCCAACGGCCCCACAGAGCGGGCGUCGGCUGAUUACAGACCACCCUGGGUACUAAGACCUACGUACCCCAUAUGAGCAAGGGGGAAGGUUUCCUGUGCUGCCAAUCCGCUGAUUUUUACCGACCUGCCGUCUCCUGCUUCACACCUCACAGGGACGACGGUCGCCAUCACCUGCACGGCUGUUGUGCAUAGCCCUGGACUGCCGAGGACUCUUUCUCAUGCAGAUAAGCAAAGCUACCAGGGAUUCUUAUGUUAAAUUUAUGUUACAAUAUGUUUUAAGAUGUUUAAACCCUGGUUACUGUAUUACAACAUUACCUAACAAGCGUUGACUUUGGUGAAAGCUUGAAAGUUAGUCAUGGUCAAUGUUAAGUUUAAUAUUUCAGCUGCGAUAACUAACAGAAAUGAAUACGCUAAGUAUACGCCUCAAUAAUCUUAACCUUUUCUAGCAAAUCUGUCUCCGUGCUCAUGCACACUAAGCGAGGUCUCUAUCAUUACCUGUAAUAUGCCUGUCUCUACAGCAUGAGCCCAGUUUGCUAGCAUAUACAGCAAAAUCGUACCUCUUACAUGGAAAUAAUCUAUCCAGUUCUAGCAUGCUACUAAUUACCACAGUUAACGCAUGAACCAAACAUGUUUGCAUAACAUAUAUACCUACAUGUGAAUCGAUACUUUAAUGCUAUGUUUCUUAAAGGGACACUGUAGUCACCUGAACAACUUUAGCUUAAUGAAGCAGUUUUGGUGUAUAGAACAUGCCCCUGCAGCCUCACUGCUCAAUCCUCUGCCAUUUAGGAGUUAAAUCCCUUUGUUUAUGAACCCUAGUCACACCUCCCUGCAUGUGACUUGCACAGCCUUCCAUAAACACUUCCUGUAAAGAGAGCCCUAUUUAGGCUUUCUUUAUUGCAAGUUCUGUGUAAUUAAGAUUUUCUUAUCCCCUGCUAUGUUAAUAGCUUGCUAGACCCUGCAAGAGCCUCCUGUAUGUGAUUAAAGUUCAAUUUAGAGAUUGAGAUACAAUUAUUUAAGGUAAAUUACAUCUGUUUGAAAGUGAAACCAGUUUUUUUUUUCAAUGCAGGCUCUGUCAAUCAUAGCCAGGGGAGGUGUGGCUAGGGCUGCAUAAACAGAAACAAAGUGAUUUAACUCCUAAAUGGCAGUGAAUUGAGCAGUGAAAUUGCAGGGGAAUGAUCUAUACACUAAAACUGCUUUAUUUAGCUAAAGUAAUUUAGGUGACUAUAGUGUUCCUUUAAGCCUGAUAAAAUAAAAAAUUGUGCCAGUUAAGAAUACACCCCGCAAGCUCGCGUGGGAAAAGCCUGAGGAUUGCCGUGCACUACAAAAAUAAAGAAUAAUAAAAAAUAAAAAAAUUAUAGUAAACUGCUUUAAAAAAAUGAAAAAAAUAUCUAAAUAAAGAAAUCUACAAAAAACAUUUCUGUUAAAGUUGCUUAAAUUGUACCACUUGCACAGGUAAACACCUCCCUGGGUACGAAGGGAAUCCACCAAUCAGGAGCCUCUUGUUCUGGUUUAGUGGGCUGGACCGAUCUUAAUGACACCGGAGUGUAGCCUUAUAGUUUUGGCGACUUUUGCAAUUCACUGCACUUUUAAGCCACUCCAAACAUUAAAUACAAGUAACUCUCUGCACCAUAGUCUGUGCAAUAGUGCAGAGUUGUUAUAGUGCUUAGAGUGACCCUUUAACUGAAAUCUACAUUAAUGCUUUAUUAGUUUUGGUUUUUUUUAUGUAAAAUGACAACUUUAAAACAGUGGACUUCAUGUUAUGAAACUACCUCUAACCCUCCUUCUUUUCUUACUUAGAAUUUAAAUAAUAUAAAAAAAGGAAAGGUCAUUUUUUGUUGGCAAUAGGUCUUUUAACUCUCUGAAUGCCAGCUGGGUUACUAAUGCAAGCUUUUGCUACAUAGCACAUUCUUCAGUUCCUUACGUGAGAUUUUGAUUUACUAGCACAGAGGUUUUAAUGUUUACAGUUUUGGAAAAUAGGUUUGUGUAUAUAAUACAAUUUGGUGUCCAAGUACCAUAACAACUACUGUAGUGGCUAUUGCAUCAGGACUCCCAUGGUUCCACCCAUGUAAGUAGUCAAGCUAUUUGCAAACGGUUUGACAACCUGCCUGGGGUCAGCUGCCAUUGAGAGACGGAAGCUUAUUGACUCCAUGUAAGUUGUCAAACCAUUCUCAGAUGGCUUGAUUACUUACCGAUAUUCGAUAUUGGGGUACUAUGGCGUAGCAAUGGGCUUAACGCAAAAUGACCAAAUGUUGGAACUAAAUCCUCAUAUUUGUUGCUGAGAAAGGUGAUUUUAGGUAGCCUUGUAAAAUUUUAGACAGUGUUUUUGUGUGCGCUGUUCCUUAAUCUGUGUUUUGUAUAGAGUUUGGUCUCUGUGGCAGCACCAUUGCUGAGAAAUGCAUGUUUCGGGUGUGCCCCCAAGUCCGUUUUUUUUUUUUUCUUUAACUGAGUGCCUUCAACCUACAUCAAAUAUCAAUAUGGAGCCAGGAGAGAACAAGUGGAAGAGGAGAUAUAUAAAAAAUAAAAUAUGUUUCCGUAUGUCCUCCCCCAAAUAGGGUGCCUGCCUUGGCUGUGCAUCUUAUUCCAGAAUAAAAUGCCCUAUGUAUUUAACCAUAGCAGGACUGUAUAAUGCUGCCAAUGCUAAAUGAGCAAGAUAUUCCAUGUUGUCCUCUAUUAUGUAGGGAUACGAUUGGGAAGUGGGAAGAUUGUGCCAUUGGCUGUUAAGAGGUUAAAUAUAAAAUCAGAAGUACAUAGCCUUUUUUGUGCCUUCGUCAGGUAAUUAAAAUUUUCUCAUGAGCUGCAGGGUGUGGAAGUCCCAAUCUAUUGACGUAGGGUUAUGAGCUGCAGAAUUGUGUGAUUCAUUAUUAAGUAAACACUUGUGUUACUGUAGUAACAGAUUGUUGUCUUUGUGUGUCUGGUUUUCCUUUCCUUGAGCUUUGGGAGGGACAUUUAGCUAACGUCACAGUUCCUAAAAUAUACAAAAGAAAUCUUUGCACAGGCAUACACUCUAACUAACGUCAUGCUUUCUGCAGGGGAUCCCUGCACGCAAUCAUUUAAUCAUAGUUUGUUUGUUUUUUUUUAGACAGACACACACGAUGCCUGCAAGUACGAUAUGUACAAUAUAUGGCCAGGAAUCGGAAACUCCCCUGAUGACACUGAUACAUUCAAAGAAGCAUUUUAACUCUCAUUAAGGGUUUUAUUUGCAGCUAAAUUUCAGUAGUACUGAUACUAAUUAUAGACAGCAGCCUUCAUUAAAGGAACACUCCAAUGUUAAAAAAAGCAAUAUUAUGUUUUCACUUUUGGAGUGUUCUUUUACAAUAAGAAAUGCUAGGCUUCCAAACCAACAAACACACACCUAACUUUUUCUGCAGCAGCAAAUCCUCUGUCACCACUGCUCCUCUCCACACAGUGACAACAGUCUUCCCUUUGUAUUCAGCAAAGGCUGAGGCUUGCAGUGCACUUGCUGUCAUCGCACAAAUCAGAUGCGGCAAUUGACCAAUAGAAUGCUACUCAUAGCGUACCUUCCCUAUGGAACCUCUCACUUCCACAUAGACAUUUGUUCAAGCAGAGUAAACCAGGAAAUCCUCCUGGCUGUCAGCUUGACUGCCAAGGGGGAGUUCCUAAAUUAAUUCAUAAAAGUGGAAUUGUAAUGAAUUGUAACAAGGGGCACCUUCUGUCAAUUCCUAAACAAUUUAGCAAUCUGAAGUGCUUUUGUAAUCUGUAGAGUCCUUUUAACAAGUGUAUUGAUGGGUUAUAUAGCAAUAUGUUUUGGCUAGUUAUUUUUACUGUAACUGUAUAAAGGGACACUGUAGACACAGUAAUCACUUCAUCAUAGAGAGUCUGGAGUUCUCUGGCACCAUUCAACGUUAAACCAUUUUUAAUGUUAUCUGCUAAAUGCGAGUCCCCUGCACCCCAUCCCAUCUGUGCUGCAGGCUAGUAAGAUUGGUUAAGUGUCAGCUGACCGCUUCCAACCUAUCGCAGUGCUCACUGUUAGUUAUGAAUUGGUGUGGACAGAAGGAAGUGUGUAAUAGCUGCUUUAGCCACACCUCCAUUGUAUAUCCAAUUCAAUAAUGUAAAAUGCUUAAAGUGCCUAUGGUCUCCCUUUAAUGAAAAUAGUUAUGAAAUGCUCAUAUUGACUGUUUUGAAAUGUUAUUCUACUUUGUGUUAUAGUAAAGCCUCAAGUUGAAAAAACUUAAAUAUCGUAUCCGCCGUCAGGUUUUGUGAGUUCGAUGGUUGUGGGAAUCGGGCAAUUUUCAUAACAAGACAUGAUAUAUUAAGGUUCUUGCGAGAUACUCCAUAGACACCAGUGUUGUACUCGCACAUUUGAGAAUGCAACACUGGUAUUGGCUCCUGUUGUGUGAGGAACCAAGAGCUGGAGGAAGAAUAUGAAACAGCUUCUGGUAAGUAUAAUGUAUUUCUGCAGCACCUCCAGGUCACCACACUACAAAUGGCUAUGUCACCAUCAGGGGUCUUCGCAAUAAGCUCAGUGAUUGGGCAGCCAGCAAUACGUUUAGUGACCUUGCCAGUACAAACUUAGUGAUUGGAUAGCCAGUAACACAUUUCGUGACCUUGCCAAUACGAGCUCAAUGAUUAGACAGCCAGCAAUAAGUUCAGUGACCCUGCCUUGACGUGUUGGAGGGUCUUUCAGCGUCUCUGAACUUCCAAGAGAAGAAAAAAGUAUUUGCCACCGGCAUUGUCAUGUAGAAAGUAGUAAGGUUUCGGAGUUACUAGCCUAUCUGGAAAUCAUGCAGCUGCUUGAUCCCCUGGUUAAGACCCACUUGUGAGGGCCACAGAUAUUAGCCACUAUGGGAAGCGGCUGCUGCUUUUAAGCAGCUCUGAGGAUUGCCAACAGGUAGUGGAGGGGUGGACGGCAAUUACCACUCACCAAGACUGAAUUUACCUGCGAAUUGGAAUUGUAAAUUUUGAGAUGGAAACAUAUUAAAUGUACUAUUUUUCAAACCGCUCUGGCAUUGGCUUUUAUUUUCUCAUACUAAAUUAAAUGGCAUCUCAAACUGCAUGUGCGUCACACAAAGGUUAUUCCAGUUCAAAAUGUGUUUUUGAGUGCAGUACCUCUUACAGCCUCUUUGUGGAAGUGUUGUAUGCUAUUCUUUAAUGGCUGUUUAUAGCCCGUCCUUAAAUGAGUAACAUCCAGAGAACUCAACUCCUAUGGAGCAUCUGGAUUUAAAAUAACAAGCGCAGGACUUCUUAUGGGAUCGAACAAAACGGUGGCAUUUUGGGACUUGUGGGUACUUUUUAUUUAACCCCUUAAGGACCAAACUUCUGGAAUAAAAGGGAAUCAUGACAUGUCACACGUCAUGUGUCCUUAAGGGGUUAAUGAAGUUCAAAACACCUUUUGCCGUCCAGCCCUCCCACACACAGUUUUACCAAAGCAUUAUAUUUUCCUGGGUGCUUUUUGGCCAGAGUGCGCCCUAAUUUUAGCUUAGACAUAAGUAGAAUUUUUUUUAUUCUAAAACGGUGCUUUUCUGUCUUCAGUUCUACCACCCAGUAAUGCUAUAUUUUCCACUCAUUACUUUCAUUCGACAUCCCAUCAUUCUAUACAUGAUGCCAUUAAAGGGAUACUUGCAUCAUAAACAUGUCAUUGUUGUUGUAGUGGCUCUGUUUAUAUUGUUGACACAGUAUUUAUAUUCAAGUACAAGGUCUAAAAGGAAAGUACAAAACAAUACAGUCAAAUGCAAAAUAUAGCCAUAAAAGGAAUAAUUAAAGCAAUAUUCGAGGUCACCAACAGUCUUAGUUUAGAUAUCAGUGAGUGUCUGCCACUGGAGGUGCUACUAUGCAGCAAUGUAAACACUGCAUUAUCUCUGAAAGUGCAGCAUUUACAUUGAAAAGCCUGCAGGGACAGACAGUAGACACCAGAUCUACUCUAUUAAACUGUUCUGGUGACUAUAGUGUCCCUUUAACAGCAAGGUAGAGGUGAUUUGUGAUUGCUGCAGUGGUUACAUUUUGACAGGACUUGGUAAUUACAGAAUGUUCUGAAAAACAACCCGCCCUGAGCACAGCCCGUUACAGUGGCAACUGGACAAAGCUAGAACAUCUCUGAACUUUGGGGAAUUUCCAGUACAAAAAUAUGACCAUUAAAAAAGUUAAUUUACAUUCAAGUUCAGACAUAAAAAUUGUGAUUACGUUCUCAGGUUAAUUCUUUGGGUUGGAACUUUUGGCAAAAAAAAAAAAAAACUUUUUUUUUUUUGCAUGUCAGAUAUAAUUGAUUAUUGACAUCAUAAAGACCAUUAACACAAUAUAAACUACACUGUGCCCCCUUAACCCGUUAAGGACCAAACUUCUGGAAUAAAAGGGAAUCAUGACAUGUCAUGUGUCCUUAAAUGGUUAAAGGGAUACUCCAAGCACCACAGCCACUUCAGUGAUAUGAAGUGGUCAUGUUGUCUUGAGACUGUAUGUGUAGAAUUUUAGUAUGAAAUGCUGCACAUACAGAGUUUAACCCUCUUUUACUGCCACAGGUGCAGUGUCAGGUGGGGAAUCAACAGCCAGCCCGAAAUGUCCGAGACGAUGAACGCCUAUUCUGGCAAAUUUCAUUGUACAGAUUGUCAUUGAUUGGCUGAGAGUGGUCUCAGCCAAUGAAUGGCCACUGCAUCUGAUUGCAGUUUCUGCUGUACAAAUUUGGCAUCUGUCACAAAACCACCUCGUUUGUUGAAUGGUUUGCCCCAUUACCAGGAAUCUAAGCCAGGCUACUACUGGCAUCGUAACCACUGCAGCGGGUACAGCUCUACCACUUUUCAGAAUUUUUCCCUUUGUUGCUCAGGAGCCAUUACUCCUUAACCCCUUAAGGACACAUGACAUGUGUGACAUGUCAUGAUUCCCUUUUAUUCCAGAAGUUUGGUCCUUAAGGGGUUAAAGGGUUAAAGAGAAGCAAUGUUUAAAGAUUAUACGUUUUGUUAAUGCAAUAUUUAGAUAAUUGCAAUAUUUAGACAAUAUUUAGAUAAUGCAUUCAAAUUAUUACAAUAAAAUAUACCUGUCCUUCAUAAUCCUGAAGCUGACUGCAGCGUCAUGCAGACCCCUCCUUCUCCAGGAAGAGUUUCCACCAAUCCGCAGUAUUCGUAAACAUGCACAUCAGAAGUUUAUGGAAAAUGUAGUAUAUCUGCCACCUGGUCUACUUAAAAGUUGCUCUAUGAACUGAUAGCAGCCAUACUGUGAACCAGGCUGUGUAUAGCAAUCUGCACACAGCCGAUAGCUCUCAAGAAGAGAGAUCAGUCCUAAUUAUUAAUUUAGUGAGCGCAUGCCAAACAAGCAUUUUGGACAAAAUAAUAUAGGCGGCCCUGAACAGAGAAUUCUGCCUGUUUCGGGGUUGCUUCAUAUAAGUUGAUCAUAGAAACAUAGAAUGUGACGGCAGAUAAGAACCAUUUGGCCCAUCUAGUCUGCCCAAUUUUCUAAAUACUUUCUUUAGUCCCUGUCUUAUCUUAGCCUUAUCCCUAUCACUGCGUAAACCUCUACCACUUGAGCUGGAAGGCUAUUCCAUGCAUCCACUACCCUCUCAGUAAAGUAAUACUUCCUGAUAUUAUUUUUAAACCUUUGCCCCUCUAAUUUCAAUGUCCUCUUGUUGUGGUAGUUUUCCUUCUUUUAAAUAUAGUCUCCUCCUUUACUGUGUUGAUUCCCUUUAUGUAUUUAACCCCUUAAGGAGACAUGACAUGUGUGACAUGUCAUGAUUCCCUUUUAUUCCAGAAGUUUGGUCCUUAAGGGGUUAAAGCAGUACUAUAGUGCCAGGAAAACAAACUAGUUUUCCUGGCACUAUAGGGUCAUUAGUUCCCCCUCACCCUCAAUGCCCCCCUCCCGCUGGGCUGAAGGGGUUAAAACCCUUCAGCCACUUACCUUUCUCCAGCGCUGGGCUCCGUCUGUGCUGGGAAACUCUCCACCCCCUGACGCGCGCGCAUUCAAACCGCCCAUAGGAAAGCGUUAGUCAAUGCUUUCCAAUGGACAUCCAGCAUCUUCUCACUGUGAUUUUCACAGUGAGAAUCGCGGAAGCACCUCUAGCGGCUGUCAGUGAGACAGCCACUUGAGGCUGGAUUAACCCUCAGUGAAACAUAGCUGCAGGGUUAAAACUAGAGGGACCUGGCACCCAGACCACAUCAUUGAGCUGAAGUGGUCUGCCUAUAGUGGUCCUUUAAAUGUUUCUAUCAUAUCCCCCCUGUCUUGUCUUUCCUCCAAGCUAUACAUGUUAAGAUCCUUUAACCUUUCCUGGUAAGUUUUAUCCCGCAAUCCAUGAACCAGUUUAGUAGACCUUCUCUGAACUCUCCCUAAAGUAUCUAUAUCCUUCUGGAGAUACGGUCUCGAGAACUGCAUACAAUACUCCAAGUGAGGUCUCACCAGUGUUCUCUACAAUGGCAUGAGCACUUCUCUUUUUCUACCGCUAAUGCUUCUCCCUAUACAACCAAGCAUUCUGCUAGCAUUUCCUGCUGCUCUAUUACAUGGUCUGCCUACCUUUAAGUCAUCAGAAAUAAUUACCCCUAAAUCCCUUUCUUCAGAUGUUGAGGUUAGGACUCUGUCAAAUAUUCACUACUCUGCCCUUGGGUUUUUACACCCAAGAUGCAUUAUCUUGCAGUUUUCCACAUUAAAUGUCAGUUGCCAGAGCGCUGACCAUUUUUCUAAUUUACCUAAAUCAUUUGCGAGUUGGUUUAUCCCUUGUGGAACAUCAACCCUGUUGCAAAUUUUAGAAUCUUUAGCAAAAAGACAUACCUUACCAUCAAGACCUUCUGCAAUAUCACUAAUAAAAAUAUUAAAGAGAAUGGGUCCAAGUACAGAUCCCUGAGGUACCCCACUGGUUCGAAUAUACUCCAUUGACUACAACCCUCUGUUGCCUGUCACUCAGCCACUGCCUUACCCAUUCAACAAUAUCAGGAUCCAAACUGAAAGAUUGCAGUUUAUUGAUAAGCCUUCUAUGUGCAACAGUGUCAAAAGCCUUACUAAAAUCUAGGUAAGCAAUGUCUACUGCACCAGCCUGAUUUUAGUUACCCAAUCGAAAAAAUCAAUAAGAUUAGUUUGGCAUGAUCUCCCUGAAGUAAACCCAUGUUGUCUCUGAUCUUGAAAUCCAUGUGAUUUUAGAUGUUCAACAGUCCUAUCCUUUAACAUGGUUUCCAUUACUUUCCCCACUACUGAAGUAAGGCAUACUGGCCUAUAGUUGCAUCAGUGAAAGUGAGUAUAGGGUACUCUGAAGUGGUCACGGUGCUUUGGAUCACUGUGUGCAACAUUUCAGUUUGAAACGCUGCUCGUACAGCGAUAAUGGCCUUUGCUGAGGAGGUACAAUUCGAACUCCGGCAGUGUCAUAAACCAGCGCGGAACCAUUUGUACAAAUUUGUCAUCUGAACACAUAGCAUGCAGGUGACAGACAACCAAUGGUAUCACACACACACACCCCUUUAUUGAGGUGGUGUAAUGUCACUGUAGGAGGAUUGUUGCGGUAUAAAAUGGUUAUAUAUUUAUUUAUUUUGGGGUUGUGUCUAGAUGUUCACUAAAACGCUGGUUUUGUUUGGAAUAACCCUUUAAAGUUUGAAAUAUUGCAAAGCUGUUCUAGGAUUUUUAAAAGGUCCCUUUGAAAAAUCAUAUGUUAAUGUUAGACUACUUACAAUGGGCACUGGGGGCACCAGUGCACUCCUGGCACCAUAACCAUUGCAAUAAACUGUAGUGGUUAUGGUGCUUGGAGUGUUUCUUUAAAACUGCAUUCAUCAUGUACUUGGUUUUACCAGAUUGCUAGUUUCUUUGUAUGCUUACAAUUCAGUGUCAUCUUGGAGUUCUCUGAGUGCCACUGUUUGAACCCAUGCCAUGGGCCAAAUCCCACUGUCCGGUUAUUGUCUUAAAGCCGUAAGGAGUAAAAUCCAAAGCAUUUCAUCCAUCACCUCCCCUGAACCUAGCUUAGCAAGGAGCGAAUAAGAAUUUGGUAUCCACACUUCUAGUGAGAUUGUGUGAUCUUCCAUAUUUGUGUAUUGCACCACUGCAUAGGGAAUUAUUUAAAAAGAAACAGUGUGUUAAUACAGUGUAAUAAUAUACAGUACUGCAACAGAAUGUAACUUGCAUAUUGUUCUCUACCUUGUGAACAAAUUCAAGCCGAAUUUUGUAAAAAAUUCUAACUCGAAAGCCAACAUUUCAGAUCAAGUGGGAAAAAAAUUUGAAAUUGGCCUACGAAGUUCCCGUUUCAAAUUGAAACUAGAUGUACCAAAAAGCCCCUUAAAUAACAUAUCUGGGGUAAUGAAUUUCCUCUUAUUACCAGAAUAAUUGACAGAAUGCUCUGUCUUCAAAGCUGUCUAUGCUUUUCAUAUGAGGAACAGAAAUAUAUACUACAAACAUUUAAAUUGCAUUAAAAAUACAAAGAAAAACCCUGGUCCUCAAGUUAAAAAUGUUUGAAAUCUGAAUAUAAAUGUAUUUCACUAAAUUGAGUUUAGGAAAAACUAAACAUAACAUUGCACAUUUAAAAAAAAAAAAAUUGUCAGUGAUAAAUUGAAUUUUCCAAUUUGUAUAUUUUUGACGUAAAAUUUGCUAUUCCCUUGUAUGUCCUGCAAAAUGACCCAAAUUCUACUGAUCACCAAGGCAAUAGCUGGGCAAUUAGGCUUUGCCCUUUGCAGUAAGAAAGCGCGUUAAUGAAACAAUGUGGGUUUAGACACCACCCACACUCAGAUACCUGGACAUAUACUGUUACACUCAGAACCCACGGGACAAGUCUAGAAUUCCCUUGUACUGUCAUUUUGAUCUCUUGUUUUUAGAUUCUUUGCUGAACCGAGUUGUUUGUUUCAGACACUUAUCAGUAUUGCAGUGCAAAGUGUAGUAAAUUAAGGGAAAAAACUUACAUAGGGAUACUGCUAUUUCCUUGGAAUUUUAAAGGACCACUAUAGUCACCAAGACCACUUCAGCUCAAUGAAGUGGUCUGGGUGCCAGAUCCCCCCAGGUUUUAACCCUUCAGAGAUACUCCUAUGUUUACAUUGCAGGGUUAAUCCAGCCUCUAGUGGCUGUCUUCCUGACAACCGCUAGAGGCGCUUCUGCAACGCUCAAUGUGAAAAUCACAUUGAGCUGAGCACGCAGAACGUCCGUAGGAAAGCAUUGAGAAAUUUUAUGGGCAUUUUUACUGCGCGCGGCGCUGGCCACGCAUGCGCAUUUGGCUCCACUCGGGAGCUGACAUCGGAGGGGGAGGAGAGGUCACCAGCGCCGAGGGAGCCUUUAACCCCUUCAGCCCAGCGAGAGAGGGGGGACCUAAGGAUUAUAUAGUGUCAGGAAAACAAGUUUACUUGAUUACUUAUCCCCUAUUUAACAACUACGUAUUUGUGAGGUGUGAAAAUUAAAAUGAAAUGCAUGAAUCCACAACUAUCUAUCUGUUAACUGGGCGCCUCCAUCUUGGCUCCUGAUCAGUUUUUGUAAUAAACAUUGCCCCUCUGCAUCUUUUAGUCAGUAUAGAGAACGCAUACAGAGAAGAGGAGAAUGUUGAAACAAAAUUUCUAUUACUUCCUUUCAUUUGCAGUGUUUGAUCUGGCUUUUGCCUUGUCUGAACUGAAUUGUGAUGUAAUUUGCACGAUCUGUAAGAUAAAUUUAAAAGGUAAUGAAGCAUAUCUGUUCCUGUGUGUCCAACUUGUCUGGUUCGUCUACCCGCUGUAAAGCGCUACGAAAUUUGUUGGCGCUAUAUAAAUAAUAACAUAAUAAUAAUAAUAUCAUGAAAAUUGGUUAGCUCCACUUAUAGCUGAUUUUCAAAUUUUAAUUUUUUUUCGGGAUCAUAUAAUAUGUAUAGACGCACAGCAGUUGCAUAAAACCACACCUCAAAAAAAUGCAAUAAUAUAAAGACAAUUUUUAAGAAAUCACAGAAAGACAUGUCAUAGUGGCCUAGGUUUAACAUAUUUAAAAAUAAUCAAUAUCGCAACAUAAGCCUAAUCUCCAUGUAAGGCGAUAAAUAACCUAUUGAUUACCUGAUGGCUAUUAAUAAAGUGCUUAUUUUCUUACAUGGUGAUUGGUAGCUUGCGUGCCAGCCACCUUGGGAAAGGCACAUUGGUGGCAGCUCUAUAGUAAGCCUAAAGUUUUCUGUUGGAUAUUUUGCCCAUUAAUCCGGUAGAUUAUUUGUGAGGUCAGGCACUGAUGUAAGACGAGAAUAUCUGGCUCAAAAUCUUCGUUCCAGUUCAUCCCAUAGGUCGUCAAUGGGGUUGAGGCAUUGUACUUGGUGCUAUGAGGCUGCUCGGACAUAAAAACCCAUUCCAUUUGUGCUGCUAUUAAUGCCAGUGAAAGUUUGGAGCUUUUCUGCUUUGGUAUCAGCAGAGCGCUUUUUACGCACCAUGCGCCUUGGCACUCUGUGACCCUUUACGUGGUCUUUCACUUCGUGGCUGAGUUGCUCCUGUUCCUAAACGCUUCCACUUUCCAAUAAUACCCCUUACAGUUGACCAGAUGGGAGGCAGAGGCAGAGUGAGUUAGCCUGCAAGAAGGCCUGGCGGCUGGCUGGCAAUCUUUCACAGUCCCUGGCGGAUCAAGACCUAAUGACUCGGGGACAAACCUGCUAUGAUUCUAAUAUGCCUUGCCUUCAUCUGGUCUUCAGACAAGGGGUCGGUUAGUUUUACGAAAUAAUCCCUCUGCUUGCAGCACUGUGUGGUGCAGCAAAUAUUUCCUCUGUCUAUGUUCCUUCGUUUUGGCUGAAACAUAAAUCCUUAUGUUAUUUUAUAGGCAUAUCUACCUUGCAGUAAGUGUUUUAUACGCUUCAGUGACUCUUUUGUCCUUCCUCCAAUAUUACUACAAACAACACUUUUCACAUACAUGUCCUAUAUCUGGUAUUAUGUUAUUGUUUAAUUGAUAUUUAGAUUGCAAUAUAUGUAUCACACUGUGAUGUGACAAUAUAAAAAAAAACAUUUUUUAAAGCAAAAAGACCACUUCCUAAUUCAACUUUGGCACUUUCUGCUCUCAGCCUCCUUCCUGUCGCCGACCAGAUGUCUUAUUUUUACAUCUGUCUUAACUCUAUCUGUCCUUUCACUCUGUGUGUGUGUGUAUGUAUGUAUGUAUGUAUAUAUAUAUAUAUAUUGCUAGGUGAUUUCCCAUCUAUAACUUAUCGUUACAAUUUUGUGCCUUCACUUAAGGUACGAUAGUGAAACAGUGAAAUGCUGGGGACUGUCCCCGGUUACAAACAAAGCUUGUUAAAUGCUUUGCUAUUCUUGUAGGCUCUUUAUCAGUUAAAGUAGCAUGUUUUAAAAUCCAUAAUUUCAUAAUCUUGCAGCUACUCACAAGACAAAACCAAUAAACAAUAUGCCUCAAAUUGAGGCAUGAUCUCAAUAAUAUUUCACAGCUGUGAGAGACAAGACUGUCUUGAGAAAGAACAUGUUUUACUAAAAACUGCAAAAUUGGAUAAUAUGAGCAUGGAUUGGCCAUUGAAGCCUUGAAUUGUCUUAGUAGCAUUGUUCCACAAUCUAUACAGCACUAACAUUUAAUGCAGCUCUGUUCGAUAGGUGGACAUCAAUUUGACGUCUAUGCAAGAAUACGAAAAGGGUUACUCAGAAUCCUGCUCGAACAAAUUAUAGCUUACCUUCUCAAGGAUUUCAAGACUGUUUUAAGAAUUUGCCGCAGACCAUUAAAGAUUUUUCCAUACUCAUCGAAAAUGCCCAUAAAGAAUGGCUAUGAGUGACUGUAUGCAAGGGGGUCCACCCCAAUUUAUAUGCUUUGCUUCUCAGUGUUCAGCACAUGGAUUUAUUUGGGCUCAGCUAGCCAUACGUGCAGCUGGUGAUCAGUAGAGCUUUUCUGUACCUGUGAGACAAUGGGACGGUCCCUUUUCCCACGCCUGGACUCCCAGGCUAAGAGGCUCUUGGGAAGAAGACCCCUGGUGGUUGGUGUGGGAAACCCUGUGGGUUUAAUGGCAGACUUUGGGGACAAAUGGAACAGAGUUCUUUCCCGCGCUAGGGACUCAGGGAGGGGGAGGAUCCUGGGAGGUGACCUUGUAAGUUUUGUGUGAUACACACCUUGCAGGGGGUUAUGCAUAAAAGCCAUGUGUGGCCAAUAAAAUGGUGUUGUACCUCCAGGACUGUGUGUCGUCCAGUUACUGAGGGGAUGAAAAUGGGUCUCUUUAUGCCCUAACUGGUUCCCGGACGGCCAGUCAGGUUACCCUAGGUCCGCUACACACCUGUUUUUAUAUUAUCGAGACGUUCUCUGUUAUUGAAGCUAGAUUCCAGUGUUCUCCUAAAUCUACUAUCAUAGGUGCCCUCGAAGGCACAGAUUAGGGACCACCCAGAUAUUAGUCGCUCUCUUUUAGUCUCCUAUGAGACUUCUCUUAUACCGUUUAGACUUUAUAUGAGUGUGUUUAUUUUUGUCUCUGUUCCAGGCUCUGCUUUACAAUUGGGAUUUAGAGGUUAUUCGCAUUUUUUCUCACCUUACUAAGUGUAACCAUUUAGGUGAUAUUCCCCUCUCCCUGUUUCCCUGCCUGGUUUUGAUACUGUGUAUUUUCCCUAUACUCUCAUAUUGUGGCAGCCGUGUUCUUUAUACUUAGUUAUCUAGUAGUGUUUACCUUUAUACACUGUUGCUACUUUAUGUUGUGUUACAGUAGUACCGGCUAGCACAGUGGUUCCAAAACUUUUUAGGUACAAGGCACCCUUAAUAUUUCAGUAUUUUUCGAAGGCACACAAAGUCAAAAUUUCUAAGUUGUAUAUCUGUACAGCACUGCGGCAUUUACUGGCGCUAUAGUGUAAUGUACAGUGUUGGUGUUUGAAGGGGUGCUUGUAUACAAUUAUUGUGUUUAAAUACAGGGGUGUGUUUGUAUGUGAUGUUUGCGUUUGAUUGCAGGGGUUUGUCUGAAUGUAAUGUUCACUUUUAAAUGUGGAUGUACAUUUGUGUCAAGUAUUUGUAUAUGUGUUUGUAUGUAAUAUUUGUGUUAGAUUGCAGGAGUGUGCUUGUAUGUGUGCUGGUGUUUGACUGCUUGGAUGUAUGCACAUACACACACACAUACUUACAAAGAUAUUCAUGCACCUUAACACACAGAUGCAUAUAAAUACACGACACAUACACACAAAUUCAUAUAGACACCGACACAUACACACAUUAAGAUACACACCAACACAUACACACAUGCACCCUGACAAACAUUGAUACAUGCCCACACCAUGACACAGAUACACACUGACCUAAAAGCACACACUCUGACACACAGAUGUGUGCGUGCACACAGACACAGAAGCACACUGACAUAUAUAUAUAUAUGUAUAUACACACACACAGAUGCACACUCAUACACAUACAAACACUCGUACUCAUACACACACACACAUACAUACACUCACACACAUACACACACAAGUGUUUUUUUUAUAUAUAUAUAUAUAUAUAUAUCUCCAGCCACCCUCCUUUUAGCUUACCUUAUGUGCCAGGAGGAUGGCUUUGAGUCCUGCUGCUGUAGGAAUGAGGGGUCUGGAGCUCUUUAUGCUCCUCUCCCUUCACGCUGCGGCUGCCUCCUCUCCCUCCCAUGCUGUCUCCCUGCAGGAUGCUGGGAGGAAGUGACAGGCUGUCACGUCCUCCCAGCCAGCUGACAUUACAGGGGCCCGGUUGCGUUCUUAAAGGCCCGCGGCACUCGACCGGGUCCCUGCUGAGCAGUAAUGUUUCCCCAGUGCUAUAAUCAUAGCACCGAGGAAAUAUUCUGCGGCACCCCUGUGCGGCACAGUUUGGGAACCGCUGGUCUAGCAGAUAAUUAUCUUUUUGGUACUUUACCACUAGACUCAGACAUCUUAACUAUAUGUAGUUAGUGUCUUUUACAUCUCUUUAUAAGACACCCCUUGUCCCUGUUUUUUUUAUUUCUUCUUUUUGCAAUCACUUUGUUUUCUCGUUUUUCAGUUUUGUAUUUGGUUAAUUUAGUAGUGUUUUUUCAACCUUUUUAUUUUAACAUAUAUCCAAUAAAUUGUAUGUUUUUAGAUUCCCCCUUGAUAUUACCUUUUAGGACUGUUAACGCUCCGUUUUCCACUUCUAUUACUGUUCCUGUUAGGGUUGCACCCUAAUUUGCUGUGCAGGCUUUUCUCAGUAUACAUGUAGCUUCCACCUUGUCUCUUAUUCUGAAAGAAAAGAGUAUUGAAAGAUAAAAACAGUGUUACUUUUGAAAUCAGUUCUUGGCUAAAUGAACACUCCAGAUUCCUAAAGCACUUUAGCUUGCUGAAGUUCUUUGUGUGUGAAGAGUAUGUCCUCUAUUUUUUUUAUUUUUUUAUUUUUUUUUUUACAAAAAGUGCAGAUUUCAAUAGAAAUUGGCACUUGUAUAAAUAUCUCUUGUUUACAUCAUCAAGCUGUGAAAAAUACAAAUGGCCCUGUUACUUCCUGAUUUGGUUAGCUCAGUGGAGCUAAACUCAAGAGGCAGCAAUUGUUCAGAGCACCUGCCUUGCAAAGACUUCUCACUGAAUGUCAUUGGGAAGUCUGAUUGGACAGCCACAGAAAGUCUGGGCGGGGUUAGAAGGGGAGAGCUUGCAAAGGCUGCAGACAAGAGAUCUGCAGCUUUUGCAAGCAGUUUCUAGACAUAACUUCAAUGAGGACAAAUGCAUAAUUGGGGAUAUAGCCAUGGCUACUAAACAUUGACUUACAUUUUGGUUGGGUGACACUGGCGCGUCCUUUUAAUUUCUCUCUGUUUGCAUGUAAAUUCUGUGCCAAGGUAGCACUUUUCGUAUGUUUCCAUAAGCAUGAAUACGUGGUCUGCAUCCUGGAAAACCUGCCAGAUCAAAUUACCCCAGUUGGGAGAUAUGUGUCUGAAGAGGGAGCAAUGCCUUUCUCUUGUCUUUUUUUAAUGUAUGCCCUUGGUGACCUUGUGUAUGCAUUUACCUUUUCCGGUUGUUCUUGCUGCUGUAGUUUAGCAGAUAAAAUCUGUUAUUUUCUGCUACUUCCUACAUCAUAGAGAGCUGGGGACACUUUUUCAGUCUUUAACAAAAUGAACCAUGUUGAUAAUCACUAUGGAGGGCACUGUCAUUUUUUUUGUGAUAUUUUCUAUUAGUUAAAGCAAAACUGUCACUUGUAGGGUGUUUGGAUAUUUUGUGGACAUGUCCACAUAAAUAACAAAUUCCUUGGACGGACAUGGGAGGUAAAUAUCCUCUUCUUUGUCCUGACCUCCUGGUGGCUUCACCUGCCAGCAGCAACUGCCACUGGGGGCAAAACAUGUGUCCGUAAGACUGUGGGGUCCUCCAUAGAGUGUUUUAUAAAUGUAAACUGAGAAACCAUAGGCAAUUUUUGUGUAUCAUGAUUCCUGUUCCCAACAACCAUCAGCGCAAUGUUUGAAGUUCUGCAAUUUGCAUCAUUUAGAUAAAAAAGAAAAAGAAAAUCAUGUAUAUUAAAGAGUGUUCUUUUCUUUGUUUUGUGUGCAUCUACUUAUCAUCCAUCUUAAUUGAAAAGUUCAAAAGUGAAAGUGUACUUUAGAGGAACACUUUAAACACCAUAACCACUACAAUUUGCUGUAGUGGUUAUUGUGCAGAGUGUGCUCCCCCACCCCACGCAUUGUAAAUAGUCAGAUCGUUUUAGAUCGGUUUGCCUUUUUACCUUGUGUCCGCCAGGUGCCACUCCCCACCACCGCCACAUCUUAUGGAGAUCCAGAAGCUCUCUAUCUGAUCUAAUUCCUACAGGAAAGGAAGUAGUUAAUUGGCUGAGAGCAAUCAGAUGAUGCUCUCAGCCAUUGAGCUAUAACCCUGUAUUGCUUCUGCUCUCCAUAGGAAGUAGCGAAGGUGCCCAAAUAACCACUCAGCGGACCUCAGGUUAGAAGUCAAACCAUUCAAAAAUUGUAUCAAUUCUUAGAAUGAGCAGGGUGCCGCAGCUCUUCUAGCACCAUAAUGACCAUGGUGAGAUGCAGUGGUUAUGGUGCUUCAAUUGUUCCUUUAAGGGUCUUUUCAAACUCUCCAAGUAAUGCAAAAUACUGUUUAAUCUGCAAAAUCCACAGCAUCACAAACUAUCAGAAAAUGUAUGUGUAGAGGAAAUAAUAUGGCCAUUUAUAUAAGUAAAACUAAUCCACAUUACAUCCUCUCUGUAGGCGUUAAAUACAUCUUCACUUUUUAAUCACAAACAUUCUGUUUGUAUAAUGUUUCAUUCUGAAUGUGCUUAGCGUGAAUGAGUGUACAGGUCUGUGAAUGGCUUGCUCAUAUCUCCAUGUCCAUCUAGGAAGUGCUGUGAGAACACAAUGUAUUAUCUGUCUUCCUGUAUGGAAGUUCCGCUGGCAUUGCCACUGCGUUUUACUGCAUCGCCCAAAGCUUUUUUGACGGUAAAGAUUAGUUGUGAAAUCACAUGCUGGUGACUACAAAGCAGAACUACUAAAGCACUCAAACCAGACAGAUUCGGUCUGCAGAAAAUUAGGUAAAAGUUGAGUUGUCACGUUUAGACCACAUGCUCUCCAUGUUCAAUAGAGUGUAUCGAUCUGCUGCACAGCAAGUCACGAGAGUGCAUCAUACCUUCCCUGUGUCUCAAUUUACAAGGAGGAACAACUGUUUUGGACCCAAAUGUUUCUAUCCAGAAACUCCAAUCAUUAGUGAUGGAUGUAAUAGAUGAGACAAUAAUGUGUCUUUAAAGGGUUACUCCAUCCAAAUACAGAGUUUAAAGUAACCCUUCCUAUAGUCAACCCCCACCACCCCGCAAGAAUAUAUAGCUAAAACCUACUUUAAUUCCAGCACCAAAGUCAAGUUUCCUUGCAGCCCAAUCUUCCUCUGGUGACAUCAGUCUCCCAUAUGAGACAUAUGUCGGUAAGGGGGCGUACAGAGGGAAGACCUGGGCACCACUGAUGGAUUGUGUCCUGCUAGCAUGCUGUGUAUGCUAGUGUCGGACACCAAAUUUACACAGGAUUCAUGUUGGCCAGCCCGGAAUUCUUAUUCCAAGCUGGCUAGUGAUGUCCCAAUGAUGUGGCUGAAGAUGGAGUUACAUACACUCUUUGUGUGCAACCUUUGAUACUGGAACAUUGCACAUAAAGACAAAAAAAUAUAUCCAGCUAGGUUUCCAGUUUGACAGGUUUCGGCUUAAAAUGUACAAUUCCUUGGUUAAUUCAUGACAAGUCACGGUAUAGUCAGUAACAUUGAAGGUUGCACAAUGUAGAGAGUGAAUAGCGGAGUUGGAAAGAAUCCAACUAUUCAGCUUAAUCCAAAUUGACUUUGACCUACAUUUUACAAUUCUCGUUUUCAUUUCACAGUAAUUUGAUUUAUACCCUAAAGUGUUUUUCAUGAACGCAACAACUGAGCGAAAACAGAGACUAUGAGAACUCUGAGGGCAGGCAAAAUCUCCUAAUACUCAAUAGCUUGCCAUUCAGUUACUCCCUGCUCGGGUCUCAGAGGUUUUUACUCACAUGUGCCCUUACAGAGAAAACCUGUAAGAAUUAGCAGAUCAGACUGAUCCCACCAUAAGUGCAGUCCAGAUCUAAAAAUGCCAGCAUGCUCCCUCUGCACAAGAGAUACAGAUAACAUUGUUUCGGCCUUCCUAGGGCCUCGUCAGCAAGGUGUAGCUGAUACCCCGCUAGGCACAGUUAACACAGGGUCCAUGUCUGGAUUAUUGUUUACACUUAGGAUCUCUCUAAGUAAAUAUAUUGCGCCAGAGAGAAUAUAAUAACUGAGCAAGACCAAAAAUAAGUUUUCUUAACAAUCUAAAGUUUUAACAGAAGUAAAAGCAGUGUAUGUUUUAACUGUUGCAAAACUCCAUCUUGAUAACUGCUGUGUUUAUUCUCCUUUUCUGCAUUUCCCGUGUUUGUUGUCUUUCCACUUCCUGAUCAUCUCUGUUUUAUUAGCUCCUAGAUGUGGUGAGCAGCCUGGCUAGUGGUGGGAAACGUGUGCUUGUCCUGGGACGGAGACACAUGUUGCAACAUUCACGGGUAUGGCAACGGCGGCACUUAGAACAGCUGCAACAACGGGCAGAUUGCUUCUUCCUUCAAAAUACGUGGGUGACUUUUUUUCUUUUCUUUUGUUAAACAAAUUUCCUUUAUUGGUCGGUGGGUUGUGGUGUUAUAAUUUGCGUGCCAAUUGUGUAAACAUUCUCAUUCUUCCAAAUAAAAAAAAUAUAGAAAUUAUAUUGAGUUUCAUACAUGCUCUGUUGCAAGAGCUAUACUAUAACCCGACUCCCUAAUUAUUCAGAGUAACUACCCUAUCUAUGCAACACAAAACUGUUUUAUAGACCAAACCUAGGGUUUUGAUCUGGACAUUAUGUCAUUGAUCCCCAGUUAUUUUAUUUCUAAACCAUGCAUUCUGCCAUUUGUUCCCCCUCCUCUGAAACUGAUCAGAUCCAUCACCAGCCAGUGAUAUCUUCAUAUUCCAGAAGAAUGAUGGAAGGCCUUAUGGUAUCUUUAACCUACAAACUUACACUUUUCUCUCUAGCUGGUUGAAUAUGAAAUAUACAGACAGUAUAAAUUAUUUUUUUUGUACCAAUGUCUCUGCCACAGUCACUUGAAGAAAUAAAACUAGGAUAAGAAGUCCAAACACCAUAAUCACCUUCCCACAGGACAACUUUUAACCAGAUGGGGGAAAGGUAUAAGCAAAUUGUCUUUGUGUGCAUGAACUUCACAGGUCUAACUGUGGGUUGGUCUUGCUCACAAGUCGCAUGUGAUGUAUGGGUUUGGUAUAUGGAGGCUCCUAGAGUUAAUAGGAGCAUCAUCACCCUUGCAACCUACAUCAAUUAAACCUGUGUAACUCACAAAGCUCUCCACAUGCUUGAGAGAUGCAGAUUUUGUUUCUCUUGGCUUAUUGCCCCCGAUGACAACUCAUCAUCGUUUAGGGUCCUGGUUGGUCCAUCAAGAAAUAUCCCAUUGGGACAGUCCACGCCACAAACCCACACAAUGCUACAGCCUCACUCCUGCAGUCUUUAAAUCCAUUCAGACAUCUUACCACCAUCCAAGCCUCUCUCUUGUAAAGCCCUUCUGAUACUGAAAGUGUGAAACAUAUAUAUGGUUGUGUAAAGUGUGGUCUUUUGAAGUGGAGAUGAACUAAAUGGUGAGUAAAGGGGCUAUGUGUUUAAAAAAAAAAAAAAAAGACCUAAAAUGUGCGGAAACAAUGUCAGGUUAAAAAAGAAAAAAGCUCAAAAGUACAAAUGAAAAGGUCAUUUGUCUUUUACACUGGAAAAUGCCUCUGGCUGUUUCUAAAAAAAAAAAAAAAUGAAACCCAGAAAUAAAGUACUAGGAAACAGCUCUUCUUUUUAUUUUUCUCUUCCUGGUCUCCAUUCUGCACCUAUACAGCAUUAAUGCAGGUUAUUUCCUGGUUUAUAUUAAUUACAGCAAACAUUUGCAUUGUCAUGUUCACCAUAGUAGUCUGUUUCUUCCUGGUUGUGUUUGCUCUAUGUUACUGAAAUGCACGUCUUUUCUUUAGGAAGCUUCAGUUUCCUCUGAAAGUUGAACUGUCACUCCCCUGGAUUUUUUAUAUAUAUAAUACAUAUCCCAUAUAUUUAACAAAUGUAUUGUUUUGAGUUAUGAAUAAUAAAAGUAAAUGUAGGAAUCCACACUGCUACUUUUAGCUGUGUGUUGGAACAUAGCACUAUCAUCUUGGAUCCCUGUCAGUCUCUCCAGUAACCCCUGCUCUUUACGGUAAUUUAACAUAGAAUGCGAGACUGUCUAAUUCUUCCAGCGCUGUCUAUGCACUGCCUGAACUGUGACAUUAGUACGUAACAGAUUUAAAAGAAAAUGGAGCUUCACAUGAAAAAAGAUAAAAGAGACACUCCAUGCUCCAUCAAUACAGCAGCCUGCCAUUUUGGCUAUGGUGCCAUAAGUUCCCUAGCGCCCUCCUAGAAUAACCACUAAGCUGGGCACCAUCGUCUGCAGUUCUUCUAUUAGAUUCUCUCCGAGGGGGAGGGGGAGCUUUGUGCUGUAGUGGUUAUGGUGCUUGAAUUGUUCCUUUAACAUCAUUAUUUUUUAUUUUCACAAUUUUAUUCAAUGGGGUAUUUUCCAGAAAAGUGACGGUUCUACUUCACAUCGAACCUGUCAUUCACAAAUGAUGUAGAAGGCAAGUUCAUCUUUAGCCAGGUAUAGUUUUAAUCUAAAAUAUACCGGUAACCAUGUAGUGGCACUGCUCACAGCCCAGUAGUAGUUGCAAGCAGUGAUCCAGUUGAGAAGUUCUAUGCCAUCAUUCUAGUCUAAUAAUGAAUGGACAGUAUCAGAGGUGUGCUGUAAAGACAUUUAUUCUUCUUUAACACACACCUCUGUGAGACAGUCCAUUAUUCUAAAAUAUGAAACGCUGCAAAAAACAGUUUAAAUUUAAAAACAUAAUUACACACUACUCCCACAUAAUGAUAUUUACCAUGGCAGCCGGCCUUUUUUUUUUUGGAGAUUGUUCUUUAGAGCACACAUCUUUUUAGUCCUGCAAUGCCAAUUUUCUCCACUACCAGAUGCUUUUGGGAUCUUUAGCCUUCCACGGGCUCUUUAUUAUUAUUAUUAUUAUUUUAUUAUUUAUAUAGCGCCAUCAGAUUCCGUAGUGCUGUACAAUGGGACGCAGCUUGCUGAUCCUAAUCACUACCCUAUUAGUCCCAGCCAGUGGUGAAUAUCUUUUCAAUUUCUUCUCCACCUGACCCUUGGCUUCUUCUAUCGACCUGUUGACCAUAUGUAAAGGUACUCAGACAAACAAUAAAAUAUUCAAAGUGUGGACGGCACUGAUAAUAACCCAAGCUCCAUAAAUUGUAUGUGCUUUGGUUAAAUAGCUUUAAAUUUUAUUAAAUCAUAUCAUAUGCAAAUUGUUCUCUCUUAACAUCCACAGGUCAGAAGAUGACCCAUUCCUUCUGUAUGCCAGCUUGUAUUCUGGAAACCACUGCCACUUUUUGACCAGAGACCUUCUGCGAGAUCACAAGGCUUGCCUCCCGGACCCUCAGACUCGACGUCUUUUCUUUAAGUGGCAGCGUGGCCACCAGCUGGUCAUCCCCUUCUAUACACCAGGAAGUAAAAUCAUCCUACAGGUAGACCUAGCACUUUGUUAGUUCCUCAUCUGAUUUUGUUUUGUUUUCCAGUUACUGAUGCUAAAACUGUACCCCAGUUACUUCUUUGAUUAAACACACCCUUAACUCUAAAUUAGCUUUUCGGUAUAUAUGCAUCUUUACCAAAGCUAAAAACAGAGUUUGAUUGAGAAACCCUCUAUGGUUUGAAUGCGGGUUGCUUUUAACUGUUUAUAUACUGUUUUGUUUUUUUGUAUUUUGUAGUUUUCCUUUACUUAAUUUGUUUUGCUUGAGCAGUGCAGCGAUUCUGAAAAAAGUAUUAAAAAAAAACCUUUUAAAACAAGACUGAAUAAAACAUUUGCAGUCAUAAUUAAACCGUGUUUUUAACAACUUCUGUUGUUUUGCAACAUUGUAAAGUACAAGAACAAAAAAUAAUUGUGGUGAACUGGGAAGAUAAGAUCUGCUAGUUCGUUCCCUUGGAGAUGUCAAUUUACAAGAACACAACAGUCAAAGACGUAGAACUGUAUGCAAAUCAGUAGCGAAAUGAACAAGAGGUUACAUAACAUUACUUGUGGUCUUAUUACAUUAUUAAACUAAUUGUCAAAAGUUGACAAUGGAUUUCCUUUAAAAAUUCUCUACUUUUUUCUCACACUUUGGGUAGUGAAAUAUUGAAUUCAAACUUUUUUUUUUUUUUUUUAAAUGUUCCUGUUUUUUUGGUAUUUUUUGCUUUUUCUCUUUUUUUUUUUUUGCCUUAUAUUUUAUUUAUUUUUAAACUUAGUCUUCCUAUAUUUUUUUUUCUUAACUGUUUCCUGUUUAAAAUAUAUACUGCUAUAACAAGGCUCAGUCUGACAUCAGUCAGAAUGAUCUAAUGCAAACAAAGCCAGAUUUAACAAUGAGUCGCUGUCUAGGGUUCAGGCCCAGAGGACCCCUAUCUAGGCCUGGAGUUCUGGCUCUGGCUUCAUGGGGGGGCCCUUUUUGAGCCGGCUGGGAGAUCAAAACAUGUGCACCAAUAUUGGCACACUCCAUGACUUAUGAGUCAUAAACUGUACCCCAGAUCAAGAGGGAACCCUUAAAGGGAAAUUAUAGUGCUAGGAAUACAAACCCCCCCCGUCUGGGCGCCAAUUGCUGAAAGCGCAUUAGGCCCUCCCCAUAGGAAAGUAUUGCUACAGUGCUUUCCUAUGGGGAUUUGACUGUCAUUGGACAUCCUCAUGCACAGCGGUUGACAGCCACUAGAAGCCUGCAAGGUACAUUGCACCCAGACUACUGUAAUGAGCUAAAGUUGUUGCAGUGCCUAUAGUGUCCCUUUCAGGUGAGUUGCACCCAAAAUUGGUGCAGACCACAAUGAUCCCUUGAGCGGGUCAGGGGGCACAGGGACAGGCAGAGGCAUCUUUUUGAUCUAGAUCACCAGGGAUCCUGAUCUCCAGCUCACCCUCUACCAGACCACUAGGGAUCCAAGCCAGAGUUCCCUCCAGAAUUUUAACUUCCACAUUAGCAAUCCAUUAAAUGAAGACAUCUUGACACAGAACCAGGGGACUGCACCCAUAGUCUACUAGCAUCAUAACCACUACUAUGGGCUGUAUAGAUUUGAUUGCCCUUUACCUUAAAUGUGCUGGUGAUUUCCAAAAUCAAUCAAGUUAUGCAGCAGAAAAAGUCAAAUAACAUGCUUCUGUUACUGCCAGGAAGUAAAGCCUAUGAGUUUAACCCCUUAAGGACCAAACUUCUGGAAUAAAAGGGAAUCAUGACAUGUCAUGUGUCCUUAAGGGGUUAAAUAACCCCUAAAUUUAAGAUCUUUAUAUUGUGAUCUCAGCCAAUCACAAUGCUUUCACAUAGGAAUUAAUAACUGACUAUUCUUACCAGAACAAAUACAAUGAGCUGUAGUUGUUCUGGUGACUAUAGUGCCCCUUAAAGACUGUAAUUAAAAGAAAGAAAAAUAAUUCUGGGAGAUAUUGCUCAUAUGUUCAUGUAAAAAGGAAAUGCUGAUCAUUAUUAAAAAUGUUCUCCUUUCAGUCUUCAGUGUUAACGUUUUUGCUCCAGUUGCACAGCUAUAUUAUUUUAAGAGGCAGCAUGGAUUGCCUUAUAACAUUCUAUGAGAUCGUUCAUAUCACCAGCACACAAAAGCUGCAAUAAUUUCAUUAAUAAAAUAUUAAGUAAUAUAGGAUCAUAAUAACUAUACAGAUAUAGGUUCACUAAUGUCAUUUCCUAUGAAUGGCAUUGCAGUGACAGCUAUAGUGUCAAUUUGCAUUGCCUGUCUUGGCUGGAUGGUUUAAUAAAAUGAAUUCACAAAUUGACAAUGUGGAGUGCUGAGAGCUAUUGUCUCUUUACUAAAGCUGUCAAUGGACUGGACAGCUGAAUGGCAAAUCCCACAAACCCCCAAUAUACUACAGAACGGUCUGGGAUAUCGAGAGCUAUAGGGCACCAGCAUUGGCUGGGAACUUUCCAGAUAUUUCCUAGUUUUGUGACUGCAUUAAACAAAAAAACUUGAAAUAAGUGUCUAAUAUUUAUUACUAUGUUUUCACAUUAAUAAAUAUUUACCCGUAAUUUGCUGUCAUGUCCAAAAACCCAAGAAAUGUCUACAAAUAGUCCCUAAACUGAAACUACAAUAAUAUGACAGUUCUAGAACUAUGAUGAUAUAUUGUGUAGUUCCUAAAAGAUAGCACAGCAUUGAUCUCCGUUACAGAACAUUCUCUAUAUCUAUGAGUUUGACUUGCUAAGCAGUCUAUUCACAGCUUAAACGUGGGAAUAGCAGCUGUCAAAUUUUUUUUUUAAUUUUUUAUUUUUGGUCAAUACAGUUCUUACCUAGUGUUGUUUUUGUUAUAUCUUUUUAUCGUUUUUUUUUCUUUUUUAUCUUUUUUUUUAGCCAAUCCUGCGUUAUGAUACCAUCCUGCAAAAUACAGACGUCUCCUGGCAUAUUCCGUACGAUAAGACAGGAGUGAAGAGGGCUACUUUUGAAGUUCCUGAAACCUGGCUAUGUCUUCGAAAGAAUCAUUAGAAACAAAAUGUAAUCCAUUAGAUUUCUUAUGAUUUAUUAAUCGCUCAUUUUGUUUUCUUACGUUUCAAUAAAUAAUUAUUCCCAUAAUUAAAC